UGCUGCUCCGCGUGAACCGUGAACCGCCGUUUUUAAUUACUUUUUUUUUUUAAACGAACGAUCGACGACUCUGUGACUUUUUCGUUAUUUUACAGUUUUCGAUAAAAUUUAUUCUGUGUCUAGUGCAUUUAUAAAUUUUUCUUACUACCUUAUUUAUUAUUACAAUUAUUCUUUGGGAUUAUUUAUUGUUUGUUAAUUUGUGGACUGUUUAUGUAAGUGAAGUUUUUUGGGUUUGUGAAUUUUAUUUUAUUUACUUAAGAAGAGGGUCAAAGUUCGUCGACCGAUUGCGUGAGGAUUUAUAUUGACGAUGAAUCGAGACAAGAUUGAAAUAAAUAUCAAAUAAGUAAAACAAAAAGGAGCAAAAAUGUCGCAAAAUCCACGAGCGCCGGGAGGACCAGGGUGGCCUGGGAACCCAACAAACCCAAGUCCAUUUCGACCAGCAUCACCGUUCAGUCCAACACCAAUGUCACAAUCACCAGUACGAUCUCGCGGUCCUUUUACGCCGAUCCACCAUCCAAUUUCGCCUCUAACUUACCCGGGUAUGAUGCAACCGAUGAGCCCAGUGCCCAUCGGUAUGUCGAUCUCUCCGGGUAUGUCUCCCGCCUUUGGAGGUGUGGGAGUUCCUACGCCUCCAGGGUUCAUUCAGUGUCCCAGACCUCGUUGGCCGUCGCCCGUUUCUACUGGAAACGCUGCGCCUCGUCCUUAUAUUCCACAGAGCCCAAUGGAACGUAUCAGAGAUCAAAGUUACCGAACAUCCCCCGUCCCCUGUGGACCUCCCGAAUACCUGAUAGCUCCAUAUCGCACCGGAGACUACGAAUACUUUGGUGUUCCCCUGGAACCGACAGUCCACGAUGAUGAUGAGAGCGGACCCAGCACAGCUGAGAUCAUUGCCAGCCAAAGUCAAGACUAUGUUGAUGAAAAACUCGCCGAAUAUCAAGCCACUAUCGCCUUACUACAAGAUGAACAAGAACGUGUCCAAAAGAAGACAUUUGUUAAUUGGAUCAAUUCCUACCUGUCAAAGCGUGUACCACCGCUUCGCGUCGACGACUUGAUUGAAGACUUGAAAGACGGCACACGUUUACUUGCCUUAUUAGAAGUUUUAUCUGGAGAAAAAUUGCCGGUAGAAAGAGGUAGAAAUUUAAAGAGACCACAUUUUUUAAGUAACGCCAAUACGGCUUUACAAUUUUUACAAAGCAAAAAAAUAAAAUUAGUGAACAUUAACUCAUCAGAUUUAGUCGACGGUCGUCCUCCAGUCGUCCUAGGACUCAUCUGGACAAUAAUUUUGUACUUCCAGCUACGAUCUAAGGAUCGCAGAAAGAUUGAAGAGAACACGAGAGCUUUGGAGUACCUCGGGCAAACCUGGGGAAGUCAGAGUAGUCUUGAGAGCUUGGGCACUCAAAGCUCCGCGGCUAGUGAAAGGAAACGGCUCAGCAGCGAAAAAUGGAAACAGGGAGCCAGGAAAACACUGCUACAAUGGGUUACAAACGCUUUGCCAAAAGAGUCAGAAAUUCAAGUCCGCGACUUCGGCGAAAGUUGGAGAGACGGCAACGCCUUUUUGGCUGUUAUAGACGCAAUAAAACGCAACCUUGUUAACAUAGCUGCGAUGAGAAAAGCCUCAAAUCGCGCUCGUUUAGAAACAGCUUUCGAAGUAGCAGAAGUAGAGUUAGGAAUCGCUAGAUUGCUUGAUCCUGAAGACGUCGACGUCCCACAACCUGAUGAGAAGUCCAUAAUGACCUACGUCGCCCAAUUUCUGCACAAGUACCCCGAGCCAAAAUCAGCAGUCCAUGAUUCUUUCUCCGCGAUCCAACAAGAAUACGACUCGCUGCUCGCAUGGUUAGUGACUCAAACUCGCGGGUUAGAACAAAUGGACCGUACUCAUACUUUCUCUUCAAACUACUCCGACUAUUUGUCAGCCCGGUCUGAUGCAGAUGAGAAAUCCUUCACCUAUCGAAAACUGCAGAACCUGGUUGAUACAUCGAACAUGAUCACCAUCACUCGCGAGUCUUGGAAACAAAUCCAGGAUCUGUGGAAUAAGAUGGAGUACUUGCUGAUGAAGUGGCUUUGGUUGUUGGACUCUUCUCUUCCUGGAGAAAUCGGCGAGGCUGGACGUUGGUUGGCUUUAGCAGAAGCGCUUCUUAGUUCCGACGAAGACAUCCCAGAAGAAAUGAACGAGCAGACUGCGGGGAUAAUUUCCAAUAAGUUAGAAGACCACAAGAAGUUUUUCGCAGAUUUACCCGAGCAGCUUGAAAAGUUCAACCGUAUGAAAAUUUCUUCCCUUGCUAAACAAAUUCCGCAACCACAAUUGGACAACAUGACAAUGCGAUUCGAUUCUUUGGGCGACCGAGCUGCAAAGCGCCGGAUAAAACUCAAGUUCCUGGAGCACAAAUGCUGUCUGAUUGCUUUUAUCUUUCUUGUAGAGACAAAACUCAAGACCUGGGGCGGUAAAUACGGGAGCGAGGAAGAGGUCAGUUUAAUGCUUGAACAGUACCGGAACUUUGUGUCUAGGAAUAAAAUCUUCCAGGAAUUCCAGAAAGCUUACCUGGACAUGCAACAAGUGGCUGAAGAAUACAAGCGCGAAUGUGGAACCGAGCGAGAAGAAAGCUUCAACAUCGACAAAUUCAUAAGAGAGACAAAUGAUAAGUGGAAAAACGUAUCAAUGGAUCUCCGCUGCGUCCAAAGCAUGCUUGAAGAAGUUAUGGCCUAUUGGCGUCGCUGGAACACCAUUGCUGACGACUUUUCCGAUUGGUUAACUCAGGCUGAAGUGGCAAUCACUUUUCCUGAUGAAGAAAAAAUGGAGUUCUUCCAGAAUAUCAGCGUGUGGAAGGACAAACAUCAGCAAUUGUCUGAUACAGUCAGUUUUCUGAUUGCUACGACUACUGACGCAGUCGCUUUACAUCUUCGCGACAGAUACACGGAAUUGACCAACAGAUGGGAGAGAACUUUCGCAGAAGCUAAGCAGUAUAUGCACGCAGGAGAUCUGCUUAGAAACCGUAAGGAUUAUAGGACUGGAGUUGAAACGCUGCAGAAAUGGUUAAGAAAUGCUGAAAGUGUUUUAUCGACCUCACAAUUGACCUCUACGGAGAAGAUCAAGGCUUAUGGGGAGCAACUACAAGUUUUGAAUUCUGAGUUCGAGGGAAUUGAAGAGUUGUUUAAGAGCAUUAGCAAAAAGUUCCAGACUUUGAUUCAGGAUUUGCCGAGGGAUGAAGUUGAUAAGAUGAUGAACACUUUGAAGAAAGAGAAGGAGGCUUUGGUGAAAGUUAGAGCGUUAAUUCCAAUGCAGUUGCAUUUGUAUCAUCAAUUGUUGGUCCAGCAAGAGUCAUUGGAGGCGGGCCAGAGAGAGAUAAGUGGCUGGUUGGACGAGGCUGAAGCAGUCUUGAGGAGUUUUAACUUUUCAGGAGGUAGAGACGCGGUUCUGAAUCAAUUGGAGCGACACAAGGCAUUCUUUUCCAGGACUCUGUACUAUAAAUCGAUGCUAGAGUCUAAGAACAAGGUCUUUUCUAGUAUUGUGAAGUCGGUAGACGCACAUGCGAACCCUGAAACAGCUGAGGGGGGAACUGAGUUGAGAAUGCUGAAUGAGAGAUUCAAUAGGGUUGUCCAAGCGGCACAGAUGUGCGAGCAGAGAUUGCAAGAAGCUGUGAGAUGCUGGACCAAGUUCAAAGAGUGCGAGAGACAGAUGAUUGAGUGGCUGACUUCUGCGGAGAAUUUGAUCAGUGACAAGAGGAUUGAUAAUCGGCAAUCGGUGGACAAUCAUAAGAGCUUUUUUAGUAAAGUUAAUGAGAGGCUGAUCCAGGAUUUGAUCAACGCGGGCCAAGAUUUGAGGAAUACCUUGCCGAAGGAACAGCAAGGGAAUAUUGCGGAGACGGUUGAUGCACUGCAACAGAGAUGGAAGGAUGUGAUGACGUUCGCGCCUUUGCAUUUGAUGAGGCUGGAGUUCAGGUUGGAUGAAGCGGCGUUUAUACAGUAUCUUAAGGAGAUUGAAGCUGAGGUUAACAGCGAACAGCAGGCGUUGAUCAAGAAUGAGGAUGUCGAGAGCAUAAUUCAAAGGAACAAGGAGUUCUUUGUUAAUCAGGGGGUUGUUGUUAAUGUGGAAAGAUGCUUGCAGACUUUGAAGAAGAUCAGUUAUGCAUACUCCCAGAUGAAGCCCAGUGAUUCCAGUCUUCAGGAGGCGGUCGCUCAUUGUGAACAACUUUGGGAAGAUUCUGCCCAGAGGGUUGAGAUCAUCAGGGAACAACUUAGACAGGUGCCUGAACAAUGGGCUGAAUAUAGAAAAAGGUAUGAUGAAAUGGUUCGAUGGAUGGAUCAGGUUGACAGCACUCUCAGGACAAUCUUGAAGGAAGUUAACAGCCUUGAAGAGUUUGAAAAAGAAAAGUCUCUCUUUCAGAUGAAAGUUCUUACGAAAGUGUGCCAUGAAGCUGACGGCAAAAGGGAGGCAAUGAAAUGGCUAGUGCAAACAUUGGACAGUCUUACCAGCAACCGGUCAGAUCGCGAAGCAGUUACUGAGCAACAUCAAUUAGAAAUGUUAAUCACGCGUUACAAAAAUUUGAUACCGACUAUCGAAAUCACGAUGACCAAAACUGAUAUUUACACAAAGAGUUACACCUACAGGAAAGAAGUUCGUGAAGUUUGUACACUUUUAAGGAAAGUUAAAGAGCAAAACAACGUUGAGUCUGUUAGUCAGGUUCCAGAAAACCUUAAAGAAGCGGUUGUGCAUCAAGAAACGCGUCUGAAUCAUUUGGAACAACAGAGAGCUAAUAUUGUAAGCAUGCUGCAGCGUGGAAAAGAUUUGCUGAAAGAUCAACAUGCGCCUCCAUUUGUUUCCUCGGAAAUUCAGCAACUUGAGAGCAAUUGGAACGACACUUACGGCCAGAGUAUCGAAACUUUGAAGUCUCUGAAGACUUUCCAGAAAUUGUGGGAGAGUUACCAGGAGCAGAAGGAAGAACUAGUUCAAUUGGUUAGUAGCGCUAAUGAAGAAAUGCAGAAAGUUAAGACUACAAUUUACUACGACGCUAGUCAAGUAUCAUCAGAUUUGCGUGCAAAACAGGAAUUGAGUUAUAAUUUGAAGAAAUCCUCUGAAGAAAUGAUGACAAAGUUAAAGGAGACUGCUGAUGGUUUGACGGAAAUGAUGCCUAAUGAAAAUCGACUGGUGAUUCGCGAAGAAGUAAUUAAGAUUGAGGAAACUUUGGUGAAAACAAUUGAGACGGUGGAGAAACGGGUGAUGUACUUGACUGAUCAUAGCAACAGAUGGUCGAAAUUCCAGUCAGAAGUCGCUGAAUUGAGAAAUUGGGCCCAGCAAACUGCCCCGCAAGCGAUUGUCAACAUCCAGGACUUAUCUACGUCACCAGAAGAUCGGUUGAAGAAAACAGAAUCCUUGCAAAAGCAAAUCGCAGAGAAGAUUAUGGUCAUGGAGUCUUUAGAAAAGGAAUCAAAGCAGUUGGUUAAAGAUGACAAGGCCAAUGAAGCUAAGGCAUUGAGAGGGCAAAUAAGUGACUUGAAGAACGCAAUUGAUGGUUUGAACAAGGAUAUAGCAGGGCAGCGUCAAGCAGCGACAGAAAACUUGGCGACUUGGAAGAAAUAUGAAGUAGGCAUUCAGAAAGUCAAACCUUGGGUUGAGCAAGCUGAGUCUCAAGUAGCUACUAUUGGUACCAAACCUACAACUCUCAAGCAAGCUAUCGAAAUGCUACAAUCAGCACGAGGAUUUGAGAAUCAAUGUGAAGAAAAUUUGCCUAGAGUUCAGGAGCUUUCGCAUGUGAGCCAGCAAAUUGCAGGAAGAACUGCUGCUCCUGAUGAAGUUGAUGCAGUUUAUACCAGGUGGAAUGCAGUUCAUGAUGUGUCUAUUCAGACGGUCACCAAAUUGGACAAACUAGUGUCCUCGUGGAAGUCCUUCGAAAGUGAAGCUGAAGAGUUCAAUCGCUGGUUGGAUCAAAGUGAACGAACUUGUGAAGCUGAACCAAAUUACCAGACUCCUGAAGCUAGCAAGCUGGAGCAGGAUUUGAAUCAUCUUAAAGAGCUCAAUAAGGUAAUUUCUGAUCGACAAGCACAGUUGAUAUCGUUGACGCAAGUUUCUGAUCACAUUAGCCAUGGUUUGUCAAUUGAAGGAGCUACACAGUUGAAGGGACGAGUCGCAGAAAUGAAAACUCGCGUUGGUCGAUUAGCUGAUACGGUAAGACAUCACAUCAACUUGGUAUCAGACGCUCUUUUAGCGAGACAAGAAUUCCAGAUGAAGAUUGCGGACUUUGAAAACUGGAUGGCGAGAUUAAGGACUAGCAUUGCUGAAAUCAGUGAAGUUAAUGUUGGAGAUGUUGAUACUAAUCUUCAGGCAGUUCACGGUUUGCUUCAAGAACAUUUGGAGAAGCAGCCCAAUUUUUCGGCGAUCUAUGAAGAAGUCAAACAACUUGCAGCUCAAGGAUCACCUGAAGAAGCUAGAGCUCUCAAUGAAGUUUAUACGGCUCUAGCUCAGAAGUAUAAGGCACUGGAAGACGAUUUGCAGCAACGGAAGAAAGGUUUGGAACGAUGGGGAGAAUUGUUGAACUGGUACAAUGAAACUAAUGCUCAGUUAGGACACACUAAGUACGAAUUGGAAGCGAGGAAACCUAAUAUCGCAGAACUAGAGAAAUUGUCUAAUGAACUGCAGACAGUUUAUUCGAAAAUCGAAGCUUGGAAGGACCAAAUUCCGGUUGUUGAUAGUCUGAUGGGCAUUCAUAUGAGAGACAAACAGGAAAAGCCGCUCACUGCUUCAGGGCUUGUUCAUGAGCUUGAGUCUAAAGCAGUAACUUUGAAAACGGAAAUUUCUACUAAGCGGGAUAGACUUGAGAAUUUAGGAGCACGAUGGGACAAUUUCCGAAAGAUUCAGCAAAAGUUAACGGAAGAGAUUGUCUCUACACAGACUACGUUGCAGCAAAUAACUGUUUCGAUGGACACAUGUGACAAAUUAGCACUCGCGGUAGAGCAAAUAGAUGAUUUGAUUGAAGAACACCAGAGAAGGGAGCCUGAUAAACUGCUGCUGCAUCGAGAAGGAGAUAGUUUGAUGAAAGAAGACGCGAAAGCUACUACUAAUGUUCAAGUUGUUGUUUCUUCGGUAGAUGCAAAUUGGGAGAAAGUCAAUGAGUUAUUGAAGGAACAGAGGAAAAAGUAUGCUGAGAUGGAUGCUGAUUGGCGUUGUUAUCAAGAAGCACGUGAAAAAUUGGUAAAGUUCAUGGAAGACUCGCAAACUUUGAGACAGUCAACGAAAGAAGUGCCUAAUGAUGUUACCCAAGCGAAUUUAGCACUCGAGAAACACAAAAGAGCUUCUGAGGUUUUGAAGAAAGGAAAACAAUUCUUGGAGAAGAUGGAUCAAAAAGCGCAGCAGUUGAUCAAAGAAGCUUCUCUGAUGCCUAAUUUCAAGGUAGAAGUAAUCGAAAAUGAUUUAUCCGGAAUCAGGAACCAGUAUCAGGAUAUCUAUGCAACUAUUGUGGAAAAAACGCAGUCCUAUGAGACUCAAGUCAUCAUUUGGAAGCAGAUUGAAGAGUCUAAGUAUGAUUUGACCCGUUGGUUGAGCGAUACUAAUGAAGCUCUUACUUCAGCUUGUGAGAGAUUGACCGACGCUGAAAAUGGUCAGGCUAGAUUAGCGAGAUAUCAGGAAGAAUUGCCGUCGUAUCAACUCAUUCGUCAGACUAUCGCGACUAAAACGGAACAGCUGAUAAAAAUUAACCACAAUGCUAAAAUGCCUACUCUACAGUCGCUCAAUAAGCUCCUGGAUGAUCAAUUCAAGCUUGUAAAAGAGUCUGCCGAGAAGUUGGAAGCGCUUACAUCAGGUUUGAAUGAGAAAGAAAAAGCUAUCAGGGUUAAUCUGAAGAAAUCAGGCGACCAAAUUUCGAAGAUCAGGGAGGAUGUCAUCAAAUGCGAUGAUUUGACGGGAGAAAAUACUAAAAUAUUGAGCAGAAUCAAGAAAUGUCAGGAACUACAAAAGGAAUUGGACGCUUGUAAUAACAAUUUGGUUUCGAUUGGAGAGAAAAUCACUGAGGCUUCUAAAAUUUAUCCGGCGAUUGAACGAUCAAGUUUGCCGAAAGAAUUGCAAUCAUUGCAGUUACGUCGCGAUGGAGUGUCAAAUCACGCGGGUAAGGUUACUGCUACUUUGGUAGCCUUCUUGACUAAGUUAUACCACGAGAAGUUCACGGCUUUGCAGAGAAUGGUAGCGACACUGAAGGAGAAGGUCCAGUGGUGUGAACCUGAACAGAGCAGUGAUCGCUACAACUUAGAAGUGAAAAUGGCUUCACUUAUUGAUGUUGAAACGGGAAUCAAAGAUUGUGAAGCAAGGAAAAGUGAUACGGAUAAGUCACUUGCACUUUUGGAGACUGUAGAGAGCAAAGAAACGACAAUUGCGUUGAAGGCUGAACGUGACAAAGUAGCGGAAGAUUUGGUUGCGCUGAAAAAGAGCCAUGGAAAGAUCAAGAAUGUUUUGCAGCAGAAUAUAGCGCUUUGGCAACGCUACGAGUCUAUUUCGGAAGCUAUAAUGUCUUGGUUGAAGGAAACAGAAGCUAAAAUCCGAGGAGAAGGUUCAAUGCUAGUUGAAUUGGACAACGUUGAAGACAAAAUAGUUGAAGUUAAGAAUUAUCAGAAAACGGUGAACGAUUACGACAAAGAAAUCAAAGCUUUAGCGAAAUUAGGCGAGGAUAUUUUGCAGGUUAGUCCUGAAUCGCGAGCUGCGCAGUACGUCAGUCAUUUGACGACUCGGUAUGAAGCGAUACAAAAAUUCUUGUCCCAACAUCAUGAACGACUGGUAGAGCUCAAAGAUGGAAGAGACCAUUACCGCGCUCUGGUGAGAGAACUCGAAAACUGGCUCGAUGAAGCCGAAAAGAAGUUGAAAAGUUUCGAUGAAAUCAGUGGUCCCAAAGCAAUGGCGUUCUACCAGUCGCGUUUGAAAGAGUUGAGUGCCUUUGGAGAGAGUCGGGAGAAAGGUCAAGCUAUUUUGAAUAAAACUGCAGAAGCUGGAGAAGCUUUGUUCCCGCGAACGACUCCUGAUCAAAGAGAAGCUAUUCGCGCUGAACUAAGGAAUCUUCGAAACCGAGUUGACGGUUUGGUAGAUAGAUCUAAUAUUAUCUACAAGAAGAUAGAGAAUGAUAUGAUGCACCGUUCUUCUUUUGAAGAUAAAUACACGCAGGUUAAACAGUGGUUGAUUGAUGCCCAAGCUAAGUUAGGAGAUAAGUUAGAUUUACUCCCUACUUUGCAAGAGAAAAAAUUAGCGCUCCAUUCUUACAAGACCAUUGCGCAAGACGUAAGUGCUCACAGAAAUAUUUUGAAGCAGCUUCAAGAUCGUUUAAGUGGUGUUUCUGAUGAUGAAGCUAGCGAAAUGUUGGCUUCUAUUAUUGAAGGCUAUGAUAAGUUAUCCAGCGAUGUUGAAGAUAGAAUUGGAAUUGCGGAGAAGUACGUAGCAAAUCAUGAAGCUUAUGUUCAAACUUUGGAUAGAACUCGCGACUGGUUGAAUGCAAUUAUCAAUGAAGCUGCUCCAUUAUUAGAAGAUUUGGCUAUCGAACGAGAUUCUGCAAAGUCUAAAAUCGCGCAGAUCGAAAAUGUGCUUCACCAAAAAGUGGACGGAGACCGAAUUUUGGAAGACUGUAAUCAACAAUUGAACAUCAUUUUGGAACAGACGUCGAUUGCAGGACACCCAGCUUUGAUGAAGGGCUUUGAGACACAGAAGAAAAUUUGGGCUGAUUUCUUGGCGCAGUGCGAAGGCUUGAAAAGUAAACUUAACAGGCUUUUUAAUCAAUGGACCGAAUUCGAACGCGUUGUCGAAGAUCUGGAAGCCUGGACGAAGGCAAUGGAAUCAAGAGUCAAAGAUCAGACUCUCAAGAGUACUGAAGAAGCUAAGCAAGCGUAUUUGCAGAAAUUGAAGGGUUUGGAAGAGGAAAUCGCUGCCAAGGCGCCGGAAUUCAACGCUGCAGUAGAACAAGGUCAAAGUCACGCCGAAUCAGAAUUGGCAUCGAGAAUUUCUCGGCAAGCCACUAAGUAUCAAGCAAUUAAGAACCAAGCUCGCGAAGCGGUAGCUCGUUACGAACAAUUUGUUAGAGAGCACAGCGCUUUCAAUGAGAGAUACAAUCAGUUUUUGAAUUGGAUUAAAGGAGUUCAAGAGGAAUUGAACAAACACAAAGAAAUUGUUGGGGAUUUGGCACUGCUACAGACUCGACAGAAGAGUAUUCGUGACUUAGCGGACACUAGAACAAAAGAAAAUCCUAGAUUUGAAUCAGUUAUUGAUUUGGGUGAGAAACUUUACGUCCAUACAUCUCCAGAGGGCCGUGAAAUGGUGAGACAGCAAUUGAGGAACUUGAGGAGUCUUUGGGACGGCUUCACUGAAGAUCUGCAGUUAGCUACGCAGAAACUAGACCAAUGUCUCAUGCAAUUCGCUGAAUUUUCACUGUCUCAAGAACAAUUGACUGCAUGGUUGAGAAACGUCGAAAAGGACAUGCAUCAACACACUGAACUAAAGUCAACGCUGGAAGAAAAACGAGCGCAGUUGCAAAACCAUCGAAUAAUGCACCAAGAAAUCAUGUCACAUCAAACUUUGGUGGAGUCUGUCUGCGACAAAGCUCAGAAAUUGGUAGACCAGACUAAAGACACUUCGCUCAACGUAUACUUACAAUCAAUAAAGCAUCUCUUCCAAAAUAUCGUCGCUAAAUCUCAGGAUCUAUUGGAGAAUUUAGAAGAAUGCGCUGAUGUGCAUAAUAAAUUCAACUUGCAGUGCAAAUACUUCGACGAUUGGCUUAAUGUUGAACGAGAAAAACUGCUGGAUUGCAAUGAUGUAACUGGAGAACGUGCUGAUAUUUCAAGAAGAAUGGCUACACUGGCUGUUCUUAAAAAUGGUCAAGCUCAAGGAUUAGAACAUUUGAAUAAACUUAAAGAAUUGUUAGAAGUAGUAAUCAAAAGUACUGCUACGAUGGGACAAGAGGCUAUUAAAAAGGAAGCAGAUGCUUUGGAAUCAGCGUUGAAUCAACAUUUAACUGAAAUUGAAACCGUAGAAGCUAAGCAGAAUGCAGCUCUUCAAAAAUGGCAGGACUUUGAGGACCAAUUGGACAAGCAUACUAAGUGGUUCCGUACUGUAGAAGCUGCCUUCCGUGAUCAACAGCUCCAAGCUACGUUGAAGGACAAGGAAGAACGAUUGCAGUUAUUCAAAAACAAACGCGAUAUCAUUCUGAAGAAAGAAAAAGAAAUUGAUGAGUUUGUUGAUAAAUCUCAUGGACUUUUGAAUGCCAGUGGAGUUGAAAGGAUCAAGCCUGCUAUUUCUCAGAUCAGCAAUCGGUACCAAUCUUUGGUUGUAUUGAGCAAGGAGGUGGUUGAUCGUUGUCGUGCUAUCGUUGACGAACACAAAGAGUUUGAAGAUAAAUUGAAGGCUGUUGAUGUCUGGCUAACUCCAUUAGAGCAAAACUUGGCAGCGUUGAAAAAAGAUGAACUGGGUGGAGACUUUGAAGCUAAGGGUUCGAGGUUGAAGAUGCUGCUGGCUGAACGAGACCAAGCUACAAGUAGAUUAACAGCUCUGACUGCUGCUGGAGAACGGAUUCUUCCUGCGACUUCGGCUCAAGGACGUGAAACUGUUCGGCAUGAACUGAGACACGCGAGGGAAAGAUGGGAUAACUUAACUGAAGGAAUUUUGGAACAGCAGAAGAAGCAGGACGCUCAGUCACUUCAAUGGUCGAGCUACCAGGAAACCUUGCAGCAUAUUUCAAAUUGGUUAGACAACAUGGAACGCGCGAUGAAGCAAGAUUCUGCUUCUUCUUCAACACACCAAGAAGUUCGCUCUAGGUUACUCAAAAGCAAGACUUUGCAUCAGGAAAUUUUGGCCCACAAAAGGAUUGUUGAAGCGAUUUCGGAAAAGGCUAAUGCGUUGACCCAAGCACCUACUGAUGUCAAAGAUGCUGUGUUGGCUGUUUCCAAGCGAUAUGAAGCUUUGGUUGAUGCUUCGCAAAAAGGAAUAGCUGGGUUAGAGAGAUUGUCAGAAAUCUUCCAACAGUUGCAUGAUCUUCAGAAGGCUUAUCAAGAUUACCAGAAGCAGCAGUGGGAUAAAUUGGCUAAUUACAAUGAUUACACGGGAAAUAAGGCUGCUUUACAGGCUAGGCUGGCUAAAGUUAUUGAGAUUCAAGACGAACAAACUGAAGGAGAAUUGAAACUUAAUGUUCUUGAGGAACAUGUCAAGCAAAAUAGUUGUAAUUUGCCUCCGAGAGCUCAAGAAGCUACUGAACGUGAUCUUGCUAAUCUGAGGUUUGAAAGCAAAAAAUUUGCGACUGCAGUCAGUGACGUAAUUCGAACUCUCGAAGAAAGAAUCCAACAAUGGAGCGAAUACGAAAAUGCUCUGGAACGUCUUUUAGCCUGGCUGUCAGAAGCAGAAAUGAUUUUGAAGAAUUACACUCUGAAAAACACUAUAGAAGAGAAGCAAGAGCAGCUGGAAAAAUACCAGGAACUACUUAAAAUAUCGGAUUCACGGAGUAGAGAUGUGACAGAACUGGUCUCACUGGGUGAUCACCUUGAACAAUCGCUGAUUAUCAAUCUGAGAAGCCACGAAGCGGAAUUUGAUAAAAUGAGCGAUGAUUCUUCAGAAUUGAUCGAGACCAGUGGGGAAUCACGAUUUUCUGCGAAUGUUCAACAAGUAACAUCACGGUUCCAGUCCAUUCAAGCAACUGCUAAAGAACUGGUUAAAAAAUGUGAGCAAGCAACCCAGGACCAUGGUGCUUACUUAGAACGCUACAAACAAUGUACGGACUGGUUAGCAGCCUCACAAUCGCAAUACCAAGCUUCAAGAGACAACACCAACGCUACGAAGCAAGAGUUGAUGACCAACGGAGACAGCUUGCGCGAAUUGCUAUCGCGAAUCACCGCAGGAACACUUUUAGUCAAUAAUACAGUCGAGGCUGGAGAACGUUUGUACCCAACGACUGGUUCAGAAGGCAGAGAAAUAAUCCGACAACAGCUUCUAGAUCUCCAACAAGCUCUCGAGUCUCUAGUCGACGGAGUUUCUUCCACGGAACGCGACAUCCAGGUGAAAAUAUCCCGAUGGCUAGGAUUUGAUGACUCCAGUAGAAGUUUCGAGAAGUGGCUGUCGCAGAUGGAGAAACGGAUAAAGUCAGAAUUGGAAUUGAAGACGACUUUAGAUGAAAAACGAAUUCAACUUCAACUGUACAGAGAUUCUUUGCAUGACAUCCAGAGCCACCAAGAAGAUCUUCUGGCUCUAAGAGAUAAAUCUGACAACUUACCGGACAAAACUGAUAAGACUGACAAGAUUCUUACCGACCUAACAAAACGGUACUCAGCUAUUUUAAAACGCGUCCAAGGAUUCGUUGAAAAGUACGAAGCGAUUGUCAGCGAUCACCAGCAGUACAGCAAAGCUGUGUUAGAGACUCACGAAUGGUUGGACGCGACUCACAACGCCGUUAGUCUCUGGGGUGAUACCGAUCUGGAGCGUGUGUCGCUUCACACCAACAUCGAUCGUUUGAAAAAUCUUCUUCACACGCUACCAGAAGAUCAACCACGAAUUCAACAGAUAAGAGUUUUAGGCGAGAAAGUGAUUCCCGGGACUUUAGAAUCCGGACAGGUUAACAUAAGAUCGCAAAUUGACUCCUCACAGCAAGAAUGGGAGGGUCUGGUAUCAACGAUUAAGUCGACGAUCGAAGUAAUUGAAAAUAAAUUGCAACAGUGGCACGAAUUCGAAGCCUUGAAAGAGAAAUGCUUAGAUUGGAUUAGAGAUACUGACACUAAAUUGCACGCGGUUGAUCUGAAAUCUACUUUGCAGGAGAAGAAAGAGCAGCUGGAACAUUUGAGAGUUCUCCAGGGUGAAGUUCGAGCCAAGGAAUUGGAAAUCGAUGCAGUGACUGAACGAGCGCAACAAUUACACAAGAAUAUGACAUCUAGGACGUCCAAUAUUCCGGAGUUGGGCAUCAAGUACCAGCAGAUCUCCAGUAAAGUUAAGGAUUUAAACAACCGAUGGCAUCAGUAUGUAGCGAAUCAUCAAGAUUUCGAUAACAAUCUUGCGGCUUGUGUUAAUUGGCUGGAAGGAAUUCGUGAAAAGCUCGCUUAUUCUUCGGAUUUGAGUGCUUUGUCGCAAAAGGAUUUAGAAAGUAAAAUGGCGACGGUUCAGGAUUUGCUGCUGUAUAAAGAAGAUGGGUUUUCAAAAAUUCAAGGAAUUGUUGAACUGGCUCAAACUGUCUUGGCAAAUACGGCCCCGGCAGGCCAUCAAGCGAUCAAUGAAGCAGUAGUUCGUCUUCAGGAACAAUGGAGUGCUUUGACUACGCAAAUGUUAGAGACUAAGACCAAUCUUGAUGAUUCUAUCAACAAAUGGGCAGGAUUGUUGGAACAGAUUCAGACGAUCAACAAGACAGUGGAACUGAUGAAGAAUUCGCUGACUGAAAUUCAGCCGUUCCAAUCGACGAUGACUGAGAAGAGAAACCAGUUGGAAAGGAUCAAAGCUUUGGAGGAACGAGUUCGCUGUGAGAACAUUGAAGUUGACAAUUUAAAGUCGAAGUUUGCAGAGAUGGUUGCGAGUGGUCAGCAAGGAUUGGCGGCUUCACAGGCUCAGGAUACUUUAAACAAGUUUGAUGAACUGUUCGAGAAGAUUAAGUCUUUGUUGGCAGAAAGAGAGGACCAGUAUAAGGACCACAAGAGGUAUAAGGAAGCGCAUGAUGAUUUGAUUGCAUGGUUAAGUCGCGCGAGGGAAAAAAUUCCUUCGAUGAAACAACGGACGCUGAGCGACAAACUGGCUGUUGAGAAUGCUGUUGCGCCUUUGGAGAGCUUGCUGAACAAAAAAGCACAGGGAGAACUAUUAGUAGAACAUUUGCAGCAUACUGGAGAAGUUGUUUGUGCAAGUACUAGUCUUCAGGGUGGAGAAGUGAUUCGUAAUGAAAUUCGUGCGUUGAAAGAGAGCUUUGAUAGUUUGUUCAAAGAAGUACAGGUGCAGAAAGAAAUAUUAGAGAGUACUGUCAGUCAGUGGAGAGAUUACAAAGAUGAGUAUGAGAGGCUGAGUGACUGGUUACAGCAGUUUGAUAUCUUGAUAAAGGCACAGAAGAACGCGUUAUUGCCUAACGUCGUGGAGAAGGAAAAGCAAGUUAAAGAAGUGAGAGAUAUUCUUGAAAAUCUGGAAAAAGGCCAGGAACAGAUUGAUAAGUUCAACAAAUCAGCUUCAGUUUUGCUUUCCUCGCACCUAGAUACGUACAUAAACAACCAACUACGUCACCUUAAUUCGCGGUACCAAGUCCAGGUGAAUUUGGCGAAAGAUGUGUUGAACAAGGUGAAAACUAAUUUGUCGCAACAUCAAGAGUAUGAAGCGAACUUAGGCAAGACUAAAACCUGGAUCGACAAUGCUAAGCAGAUAAUCCGUCAAGGAACAGAGGCUGCUUCCUCGAGUAGUCGGGAAGAAUUACAGGAGCGAUUGGACAAGAUUCAAGAUCUGCUGAAGAAGUUGGAAGAAGGCCAGAAUCUUGUCCAUUUGACAGUCAAUUGCGGAGAGAAGGUUGCUAGAAACACGCGAUCUGACGGAAGAGAAGAGAUUAAUAAUCAGUUGAAGGAGAUUCAGAAUGACUGGGAAAGAUUGGUUAAGAAGAUUUCGACUACCAAGGUCCACUUGGAAACUAGUUUGCUUCAAUGGGCUGAUUACAGCUCCUCGUACUCGCAACUGCAGCAGUGGAUCAAUGACCGUGAAGCCAAGUUACAGCAAGUAUGUGAGCAGAAGGUUUCCAAGGCCAAAAAAGGACUCGCGGGAUUGAAUUCACUGGCAAUUGGUGAGCGUAAGGCUAAUUUGAGACAAACUAAUAGUAUUAUGCAGGAUAUUGUUGCUUUUGAACCGAUGAUUCAAUCGGUGACAACUAAAGCGGAAGAUUUGCAACAAGCAACGCCUGCUACCGAAAUUUCUAUAAAGUAUGAAACGUUAAGCAAGCAGGCGCAAGAACUGUAUGCAAAGCAAAAGGAGACUGUUGAGCAGCAUCAAGCUUUCAUUGACAGUGGUUCUGAAUUUGUUCAGUGGAUCAGAGUUGCUAAGGAAAGGUUAGGCAAGUGUUCAGAGCCUACUGGUGAUAAAGAAUCGUUGGCUAGCAAAAUAACGCAACUAAAGGUGCUGCAAAGUGAACUACCGGAGGGCCAGCAGAAGUUGGAGAAGGCUCUAGAGCGAGGUAAUGCUGCUUGUCAGAUUGCAGAUGCUGAAGAUAAGGAAAUCAUUGAAGAAGACGUCGCUAUGUUGCAAGAGGAGUAUGAUAAUUAUGUGGAUUCUUUGAAUAAUACGAAGAGUUUGUUGGAAGUAGGCAUUGUUAAGUGGACAGAAUAUGAAGACCAGUAUUCUGAAGCAACGGAGUGGCUGAAUCAGACUGAACAGCUAGUUCAAACGUUCAACAAGCUUCAGGACAGUUUGGAGGAGAAGAAGAAUGUGCUAGAGAGGUUCCAAGUUCAUCUGCAAACUCUCUUCGACUGGCAGAAAGAACUAGAUCGACUUAAUAUGAAAGCGCAAAUGCUGUUAGAAACAUGUGCAGACACCAGGAUUUCAAAUCAGGUUACGCAAUUGACUACCAAGUACAAUGCGUUGCUGUCUUUGGCGAAGGAAAUAAUGAGGAGGUUAGAAUUGCAUUAUCAGGAACAUCAGCAGCAUAAUACUCUGUAUCAAGAGUGUCAAGACUGGAUUGACAGGACUAGAGACAAGUUGAGCGAGUGCAAAGAUGUGACUGCGACCUUGACAGAGGUCAAUAAUAAGUUAAGCAUGUGCAAAGCGAUAAGACAGACACUAGAGCAGGGCCAGAAUAAGUUAAGAUACGCGUUAGAGUUGAAAGAACGCGUUAUCAUGAACACUGAACAGAACGGCGCUGCGAAAAUUCAAGAAGAUACGGCGAAUCUUAAAGCAGAGUUUGACAAGCUGAUGGUUGAUGUUGAAGAUGCGAGACAGAAACUGUCGACAAGAGCUAGUUCGCUUGAGGAGUUGGGCAAGUUAUACCGCAUGAUCACGGACUGGAUCGAGGAAAUUGAUGUGAAGAUCAGGCCAGAUGAGACUUACAGGAAUGACUUAAGCGAGAAAAGGAUACUUUUGGAGAGAUACCGGACUGCACAAAGGGAUAUUCAAAGUCAUAGUGAUACUAUUGAUAGAUUGAAGGCGCGGUUGAAUGAAGAUUCCACGAUUCCGCGAGAACCUUAUGAAGGUACGAUCGCGAAAUAUGAUGAGUUGAGAAGACUAGUAGCUGAAAAGAUCAACACUCUAGAGGAUCAGGUUAGGGAGCAUGAAAGGUUCCAACAAGCCCAGAAUGAAGCUGCAGAUUGGGUUAGAAGAACUAAAGUUGAAGUACAACAGUACAGCAUGACGCAGGGUGAAAGACCUAAGAUUGUAGAGCGCGAGAAAAAGAUCAGCGAAAUUGUUGAUUCAAUGCCGAAAGGUGAAGCUCUCAUUUCCAAAGUUAUGGAUAUCAGUGAAGCGGUUAUCUCUUCUACAGGACCAGAAGGACAAGACGCUAUUCGCCAGGAAGUGAAACAGCUACAACUAGACUGGAAAUCUCUGCAGACUCAGUGUCAAGAGUCCCAAAAAACGCUUGCUAAUUGUAUCACCAUGUGGUCCCAGUUCACCAGCGCGAUGGAGAGCAUGAAAAAUUGGCUGGACCUGUUCCAAAAGAAGGUAACUGAUGAACAAGCCAAGGAAAACAAGACUCCGCAGGAUUUAGAACGCUGCAAGGCAUUGGUUGAUGAGGCAAUCCGUCAAAAACCGAUACUAGAAGAGUUGAAUGACAAGUGUGAAACGCUUCUAGAGUUAAGUGCUUGCAGUUGGGCGAGGGAUAAAACCGUUGGACUUCAAUCAGCGUAUACUACAUUGUUAACUGAAGCCCAAGGUUUGGUUUCGAAGGUCGAGAAGAACUUAUCCGACCACACGGAGUUUUUGAAAGCGCGAAAGGAGAUGGAGGAGUGGCUCCAAACUGCUCACGGGUCGAUCCAAGAUUGUGUAGGUGUUGGAGACGUGACUUGGGCGAGAGAUAAGUUGGAAACAACCAGGCUAGUUGCUACGAGGAUCACUGAAGGCCAACAUCUGCUUUCGACUUUGAAGAACGCGUUUGCAAAGGCGAUCAAUACUGCAUUGCCGGAACAGCAAGAGCAGUUGAGAACUGACAUGGCUACGUUGACGUCCAAUUGGGAGCAGCUGAACAUGGACUUGAACACAGUACAGGCCCAAGUUAAGGCUACUUUGACCCGGUGGGAAGACCACGCAGAGGUUUACGAAAGGCUGAAGAAGUGGUUGAGCGAUACUGAAAAUAUUUUGGAGACUUUGCCGGAUACCAAAGGCGAAAUUGGUGAGAUGAAAACGUUGUCUGAAAGAUACAGACACAUUCAAGAUGAAGUAAAAGCGAAGAAGGCAGAAUUGGACCAACUGUUGGAGGAGUCUACUGAAUUGUCCACGUGGGCGAAGAACAACAAGACUCAGGAUCAAGCUAACGAUCUUCUGAGUCGCUGGAAGGCUCUGGGUCUAUUGGUGGAUGAGCAGAAGCGACUUGUAGAAAACGAGAUGGAUGAAUACACGAUGUAUCACACAGCUUUGCAGGAAACGGAAAAAUGGUUACUUCAAGUGUCAUUCCAAUUGAUGGCGCACAAUUCAAGAUACAUUACCAGUAAGGAGCAAACGCUUGAACAAAUCAAAGCUCAUGACGCUCUAUUAGAGGACAUUCGCAAUUACCAACAUGAUUUAGACGAUCUCAAGGACAAAGGACAGCAUCAGAUUGAUCGGUACUUAUCAGCUAAUCCUAAUAUCAAGACUACGAUUGAAACUCAACUGCAAAACGUCCAGGAGAGUUACAAUUCGCUGCUUAAUACUGCAAUUCAGAUCAAGAAUAGGUUGGAUGAGUCGUUGGCUAAGUUCGCGGAGUAUGAAAGAACUCUAGAAAGCAUCAUGAAGAAUUUGGACACAUAUGAACCGGAAAUUGUGAGAGAAUUAGAAGCUCCAUUAGACACUUUGGAGUCGGCGGAAAAAAGUCUUGAAAGCGCUAGGUUGUUGCACAAUAAAUUGCAGGCAGAAAAGACAAGGCUGGCCGUUGCUGUUGAAGCUUGUGAAGCUGCGGCUGCUUGUGUUUCCAGGCCUGGAAGUCCUUUAGAUGCACCGGCUAUUCAGAUUCCUUCUAGGGAAGUCGAAGUAAGGACCAGAUUGGAAGAUUUGAUUGAUCAGAAAGAUAACCGAGACACUGGAGACAGGCUGAAAGCAUUGUUUCGUGUCAUUGAAGAAAAAGGCUUCUUAGUGAAACUUAAUCAAAUGUGCGAGAAGAUGCAAGCACACUUGGCGAACGUCACGAAAUCCGUCGGUGAACUAGAGGAACAAAUGCACCAGAAAAACGACUUGAAAUCCUGGAUCAACCAACAGCGCGCUCUGUGUGCCGAGUGGAAAUCACGACCAGCAAAAUUACGCGUGGAAGCAGCGCAGGCUGAGCUCCAAGCAAUGAACGAACUCUUAGGAAGUAUCGGAGAAAGAAGAUCUCGAGCCAUGAUAGAAUUGUCUCUUCGUCCAGAAGAUAACAUCGAGGAAGGCCUUGAUAAGCUGGAGAACGAAUUGACAGAAGCUAUCGCUGACAAACAAAUGACUCAAGAGCUGAUCCAAAAGUACCGCGCUCAGGUACAGGAUAUCCAAAGUUGGUUCGACGGGUUGUCCAAGAAAGUUGAUGUCAUCGAAAAGGGCAACGGAUUGACCAUAGGUCAGAAGAUUUCAGCAGUCAAGACCAUUAUCUCAGACUUUGAGACUCAAGGACCCGGUAGACUUGAUGAAGUCAAAAAACUAGGCGAUCAAGUGAUGGACAGUGUCAGCAACUUGGAUUCCCAACAAAUUGAAGAGCAGAUAAAGUCUGUGGACCGUAGAUAUGCUGAUGUCAACAAGAAGUUGGUGAGAAAGAGCCAGGUGCUGGAUAUGACUGCCCAAGGCAUUGAAGCCACUCGCAAGGAGAUUGAAGACAACCGCGAGUGGAUUAGUCUCAAAAAACAGCAAGCUAGAACCACAGAACCUCUCGGUUUUGAGUGCAAGCCCGCUGAUGAUCGGGUUCUAGCCUUAAAAGCGAUGCUCAAGGAAGCCGAAAACAAACAAGUUAUCGUUGAUACUUUGGAAAAACGAGUUGGAAACAUGCAAAACGAGCUGGAAGCCAGUGAGCAGCAAGAAUUAGAAUCAAAUGCGCGAGCUUUAAGGACAGAACAGGUUGAACUCUGCUCCAUUUUAAGGGAAGAAAUCUCCGGAGCCUCCGCUGCAGCAGAUGCCAGACACAAACUGGAGACAGAUUUUGAACGAGCGCGUCUCUGGAUAAAGUCGAAGCACAACGACCUCAAGAAACUAAGCGGUUAUUUGCCGCUAAGAUCUACGAAAGUAGAGGAGGACAUUGUUCAUCAUAAUGAAAUUGAGGGUGACAUUAAUUCUUUCAACGAAAGCACUCUGAAAGACGUGUUGAAGCAGGCUAACACUUUGAUGCGUGAUUGCAAUGAAGAUGAUCGUGGAAAACUCCAAGCUUUGUUAGAUAAUUUGAAUGAAGACUACGAUGCGUUGAAGAAAGAAGCCGCUGAAAAACAGGCUUCAUUAGCGGACUUGUUGCAAGGUCGUAAAGCCUUUGAGAGUGAAAUAGAUAGAUGUCAAAGGUGGAUCAAGGAGGCGGAAACUGCUACUUCGUCGGAUGUGAGAACUUCAAGUGUAGAUGUGCUGAGAGAACAGCUUGCGAAAUAUGAUAGGCUGAAGCAAGAAGCCAAAGCGUUUGGAGAGGACGUUGAGAAAAUAAUGCAACAAGGGAAAUCUAUUUUACCAACGGUGAGCGACGCUGAUAAGCUGGAAUUAAGCGAUCAAUUGAAGAGUAUGAAGGAUGCUCACAAUAGAGUCGCUGGAGUGAUUAAUGAACGGGCUUCUGCACUUCACAAAAGCAUCGCUGAGGCGGAAGAAGCUGCUGCGAGGGUUGCCGAAGCAGUUCAAUUCAUGUCUGAUAUCCAGAAGGAGCUUAAUAACUUGAACAAACCAAUUGGUUCGAAGGUCGAAGAUGUCGAAGGAAUGUUAGCAGCUUAUGAGAAAAUUCUCGGUGAUUUGAAGGCGAACAAGGCCAAGCUUUCUGAUCUACAAUCGGCGAAUAUUGGGGAUCUCCAUGGAGUGAUUGGUCAACAAGAUGACUUGAUUAGGGCGCUAGAGGCGCAAAUCGCGAGGUUAAGACAGUUGCUUUUACUUCGACAGCAGUUUAUAGCGUUGAUUACGGAGAUAAUGUCAUUUAUUGCGAAGUAUAAUGAGAUUGUUAGGGAUAUUGAGAAGCAGGACCAGACUACCGAGGAAAAAAUAAAGCGAUACGAUGAUGUUAUCUUGAAGAUUCAAGAGUGUGAGGCUACUUUGGCAAGUGCUAAUGACAAAGGCCAGCAAAUCGCAGCGGAUGGAUCUUCAGCGGACAAAAAUAAUGUUACGGAACAACUUCAGUCGUUGAAGCAGCAACUUCAGGGGCUGAGACGAGCUGUGGAAAUGCAGCGAGAACAGCAUGAACUGGCCGCUGCUGAACAUAAGCGAUUGGCAGAAGAGCUGGCGGAGAUUCUUGAUUGGUUGGAGAACAAAGAGAAGGAAGUUAAGUCCAGGCCGCUUCUAGAUCGCGCUGUUGAGAGUGUAGAAAAUGAGAUUCAGAAGCAUAGAUUGCUUUGUGGCUCGGUUAAUGAGUAUCUGGAUAGAAUUAGGCAAUUGAAGGAGUCAGUCAAGCACGAAGAAGGCAUGCCUGGAUCGCUCAAAGAGAUGCUUAGUGAAGCGGUGUCUUUGUUGGCAUCUUUGCCGAGGGAAAUGGAGGACAGGGAGGCUUAUUUGGACUCCAACUUGCAAAUGAGGCUGAACUAUGGACAAUUGGCUGAUAAAUUCCACAAAUGGGUUCGUGAAGCUGAGAUUCGGCUGCAGAGCGACAAAGACGGGCUUGAUUUUGAAAAUAUCCACAGCGAUUUGGAAGAACACAAAAUCUACUUCAGUUCUGAAGCUUCUAUUCGCGAAUUAGUGUCUCAGCAGAUCCAGCAAGCGGCUGACAAAGUUUGGCCGUCGUUGAAUAGCGCAGAACAGGAGGAACUUAGUCUUGAACAACAGCAACAUUUGCAGCUACUGAAGAACACUUUGAAUACCGCUAAGUCUUAUCGCGCGAGAUUGGAACAAGGCGCAGAUACGUGGCGUGACUACUCACAGACUUUGGAGAGAGUUAAGGCGGUAAUUGCUCGUUCGCGGUUUACUGAUGAGCCUGUUACCACCCUCGCGGGCUUGCAGUUCAAUAUUCAGAAGCUGACUCACGCGCUAAAUGAUAUUCAAAACCAGCAGUUUGAACUGGAUCUUCUCAAUGAAAGAGGCCAGGAGAUUUUGAGCUCCGCAGAUGCUAACAAUAAGCAGAGUAUUAAAGCUCAUUUGGAGGAAACUAGUGCGCAGUGGAAGGAGCUCGUUGCUGGGUUAGAAGGUCGAAGGGGAGCUUUGGAAGCGCUUUCUAAGCAUUGGGAAGAUCUUGAGGCCAGGCUCAAUCACACUGAGACCAAGCUCAAUGCCAUUGAGGAGAGGAGCAAACUUGUUGACUGCAUUGUCAGGUCGAAACAUCAUAUCAAGGAUACCAUCAAAUCACUCAAUGAGCUGGUUACGGAGGCGGAAAAGUUAAUCCCCGUGACCGAGGAAGUCAGACAACUUGCAGGACCAGUGAUUGAAUAUCUGUCAGCAUUCACAGAAGCCUCGGCACGCGGUCUCGAAGACCGGCUUGAUAAGCUCCACACCACUGCGGAAAGGCUCGUGAGUUCACUUGACACAAAAUCAAAAAAAGCGCGUGAAGACCUUGAUUUGCUGAAAGCAGACGAGCAAGAAAUAAAACGGCUGCAAGACAAACUCGAGAAAAUCAACGAGGAGAUUAAAAUUUUGUACGUAUUCGGCAUCGACCAGCAGGCAAUUGAAGAUUCGCUAAUAAAGCAGCGAGAGGAGCUGCUGGGGUUAAUCGAGGAGAUAAAACAACUAUCUGGUAACACUAAGGCGCGGUACCAGGCAAGCCAGCAGCUGGUACCUAGUGACCUCGCACAGAAAUUGGCUUCUCUGGAGCUGAGUGCCGAGGGCGCAGUACAAGCCAUGGAAGAGAAGCAACGUGAGCAGAAGCGUGCCAGGACAAUCCGCACCGACUAUCUGGCAGACGUCGACGAGCUCCAGGCCUGGAUUCGUCAAGCCGAACUCAAGGUUCAGGACAGGUCCGUCGAGCCGCUCAAAUUACGGGAAUUUUUACGACUUAUUCAGACGGAGCUCACUCCGAUCACCGACAAAUGCGAGCGAAUGACCAAAAACGGACGCACGAUUAUCGAAAAUACCCGCGAUGAAAACGAAAAAGAAUUGAUCGGCAAAACCAUCGCCAACUUGACUGAGCAGCUGGCCCAAGUCAAGUCCUGGCUCGAGGAAAAGAAGCAACAGGUUGGCGACUCUCUCGACGCUUGGCAGAGGUUCCUUGUUCUUUACGAGUCUGUCAAAGCUUGGACUGAGGAAAAGAGACUUUUCUUGAAAGAACCUCUUAAACUUAGCACGCUUGUUCAGACUCGGCAAAGGUUACACGAUUACUCGACGGCUGUUAAAAGUUGUAAGCAAGUAAACAAGAAUUUAAGUGACAUGGGGAAAGAACUGGAAGUUAUUGGUCAAUUCACAAGCGUAGGUGACCUGCCGGAAAAACUUGCACAGGCCGAAGAGGCCAAGGUUGAAGUUGAAGGUCAAUUAUUAGAAAGGAACGCAUUACUACAAGAAGCGAGCGAAGAAUGGGAACAGUGUGAGAAAAAGUUCAAAGACGUGAAAACAUUCUUAGAAAAAGCGAAACAGAGUUUAGAAUCUGCGCAAAACAAAAAGAAACCCCUCCGAGAUCAGCACGCGAUUAGGGAGAAAAUGGUGAGCGAUAUCGCGAUACAGAAAACAAAGAUAUCGUUCUCCGUGGAAAAACUUCAGGUACACUUUAAGACUGGAAUCGGCGGCGACAACAAAAUCGCGGAAACCGCCGAUGAAAUGAUUAAUGAACUUAAUCUCCUAAACGACACUGUAAAAGAGCAAACGGCGUCUCUGGAGGCCUGUCUCACCCAAAUAGAUCAAUACCAACAGGAAAUACAACAAUUAAGACACCAAAUAAUUCAAGUAGAACAGCAAUUGCGCUCGGCUUUAAGCCCGACUUAUUUACCGAACGAUCGUGAAAGAGCUAUGCAAGAGCAACAGGCCUUGCAGACACAAAUGGAGUCUUGGCGUCAACGAACGAGGCUGUUGGUGGACGAGAUUCACAAAAUCGACCCAUACUACUCGUUUCCAAGUGAGCUUACUCCUCGAGUAACAGGACUUGCUUCUUAUGCAGACAUUGCAGCAAGGCGAAUGAGUCCUAGUUCAAGAGAUUCUAGCCCCUAUCGCGCGCAGCAGGAGUUCGUGGGUGUCCAAACUCACCAAAUUCAUCGGCCACAGGUGAUUCGUCCUCAAGUACCUCAAAUACCUCAAAUACCUCAAGUAAGUCUACCUCAGAUUAGCGAGCCAGAAGAAGAAAAGGUGGAGAAAGACAGCAAGAAGAAAUGUCGAGGACGAUCUCCUACCAGGAACAAUCGCAACCAAAAAGUUCCCGAGAUCAAGGUGGCUAACAAGGAAGUUGUGCAAGAACAUGUUCAAACCAGGGAACACAUUUCGGCAAAUCUUGCUCCAAAAGACACACGGAGAAGAUCACCUAGUCCUAUUUGGAUUCCUGGGUCUACUUCUUACGCAGAUAUCCUCAGAAAAGCUCAAGGACCUGGUUCUUAUACUACAGACUCGGAACAUGAGUACGGAAUGACUACCCUGACGAAAGAAAGGAGGGUAAGCGUUGGUUCUGCUGGAAAAUCAAUGGAAGACAUCAGGGUUGAAAAACCAGUUGAUCAUGUGAGUCAAGAUCAAAAUUUGCAGGAACGAUGGUCGCAAAAUAACACUUUGAAUCAGUAUUCAAUUCCGUCGAAUCAAAUUCAAACGGAAAUUUACGAGUACAAUGCUGCGAUGCCUGAUGUCGUUGAUAUUGGAAUCGGAGUUAGCUUUUUCAACCCUGGACUAGGUUAUCCAGUUGGAUCCUACGUUUAUCCGGCGGGACAACAACAAAUGGAAGUGGCUUUGAAUCCUUAUGACCCUCAUAUCGGGUACGCCGAACAUUAUGUCACUCAGCAGAAUUACAUGACCGCUGGCAGCCCUGAUAUUUAUUCACAGACUCACAUUCAGUGCCCACAAAGUGAAAUGAUUUAUUAUAAUUCGGAAAUUUUUGGCGAGGGUCAGGUUUGCCAGAGCCAAGUGCAAGAUCAUGUGAGUGUCGUUGAUAGUGCAGUGAGCUUGCCAACUGUUAAUGAGACAAUUGAUCAGAAUGAGAGUGUGGAAGUUAGAGAUGAGGGGAAGAUUGAGGAUAGGGAGGUGGAACAGGUUACUGAAGCUAGAGGCUCUGGUAUUUCUUAUGCUAAGAUUCUGUCUCAAGGUUUGCCCGAACGGACUCCUUCGCCGGUGAAAUUGGCUGAAGAGACACUGGUUCAUGAAAUUUCUAAGCCAGCUAAGCUUUUGAGGAGAAUUGAGAGUGAUCCAGAUGAUCGGGAGGAUAAAAAGGGGAGAGAUGAUAGGAACUGGGGGACGAUUAAGAAAUCAAAGAAGAAGGGAAUGGAGGAGAAGAAGGUUGAAAAGGGGAAGGAGGGUACUAAAAAAGUGAAAAAGGGGGAUAAAGUUGGGAAGGUUCAAGAGAAAAUUGAUGAAGUUUGUCAGGUAGUUGAGAGUAAAAAGGAGAAAAUUGAUGACAAAGUGCCGAUUAAAGAAGAUAAAGUGCAGGAAGAUGAUGAUAAGCUGACAAAGAAAGAUGAUAAAGUACAGAAAGAUGAAAAAGAUAAGAAACGAAAGAAUAAGAAGAAGAAAGAUAAGUCUAGGGAGGAUGAAAUUGAUAAGGCUCUUAAAGAAAUUGCGAAUCUAGAUAAGCAGAAAGUUAAAGAUAAAGUGAAAGAGAAAGAACCAAAGCCUAAAGAAAUUGAGAAGAAGGGUAAGGAAGAAGAAAAAGUGGAGAAAAAUGGUGUUGAACAUGAAGAAAUUGUUAAAGAAAUUAAUAAUGGAAAAGUUGAAGAGAAAAAGGUUAAAGGUAAGAAAAAUAAGGACAAGGUUUUGGUUGAUGAAAAAGUUAAACAGGACGAGGAAAAAGUAGAAUUUAAUUUGGGUGAAGUAAAGGUUGAAGAAAAAGAUGCUAAAGUUUUAGAAGAGAAAGAGAGUAAAAGUAAAAAACAAAAGAAGAAAAAGGAUAAGCAGGUUGAAAGUGAGAAAGUUAAAGAAGAAGUGAUAAUCAAAUCGGUUGAAGAAGGAAAAGAGAAGGUUAAAGAAGAAGAGAAGGCUUCUGGAGAUAAAUUGGUUCACGAGUUAAAGCAAAAAUCGAAGGAUGAUAAAUCACCGAUUGAAGAAGUUAAGAAAGAUGAAGUAAAUAAGGUUACUGAUGAAAAAGCAAAUAAUUCGGGGCCUCCGACGAAGCAAAAGAAGAAAAAAGGUGAUAAGUCGCAACCUAAGGUCGAUAAGAUUGAUUCCAAGGAUUCUGAUGUGAAGUCAUUACCUGUAGAAAUGACAAAGAAUCAAAAACCUCAAAAUAAAGCUGAGAAACAAAAGUCUACAGAGUCGUCAGAUAAACCAGCAUCUGUAGAGAUAAAAUCAGAGAAAGCGGAAGUUAAGCUUGAGAAAAUGAAGUCUACUGAGUCUUCAGAUAAGCCAGUAGCUGUAGAAACAAAAUCAGAAAAAGGGAAAGAACAGAUUGAAAAACUAAAAUCUAGAGAGUCUUUGGAUAAAUCACAACCUAAAGUUGAAAAAGAUUCUAAGGAUUCUGAUAAAAAGUCGGUAGAAGAAAUUAAAAAAGAGACGAGUGAUAAAAGGGAAGCCAAGGUUGGAAAACCAGAAAUAGGUUCUAAGAAAGAGUCUGAUGUAAUAAAGCAAGAAGAAGCGGUGAAGAUAGAUAUUCAGAAAAAAGAUGAAGGAAAAAUGAAGGUUUUUGAAAAAACGACGGUUCAAUCGGUGGUUGAGACUAAGCAAAAGAAGAAAAAAGGUGAUAAGUCGCAACCUAAAAUUGAUAAAAUUGAUUCCAAAGAUUCUGAUGUGAAAUCAUUGCCUAUAGAAAUGACAAAGGAUCAAAAACCUCAAGUUAAAGUUGAGAAACAAAAGUCUACAGAGUCGUCAGAUAAACCAGCAUCUGUAGAGAUAAAAUCAGAGAAAGCGGAAGCUAAGCUUGAGAAAACGAAUUCUACUGAGUCUUUAGAUAAACCAACAUCGGUAGAGACAAAAUCAGAGAUAGCGAAAGUUAAGCUUGAGAAAACGAAGUCUACUGAGUCUUCAGAGAAGCCAGUAGCUGUAGGAACUAAACCAGAAGAAAAAGUCAAAAAUGACAAGUCGAAAACGAAACAAGAUAAAGGAGAAAAGGAAAUUGAAAAGUCAGAAUCUAUUGAGUCUAAAAAUGAAGCAGUAGUAGUAGUUGAAACUACUACUAUUACUACUACUACUACAAAAGAAAAAACAAAAGAUGAUAAGAACAAACCUAAGGAUGAUAAGAAAAAGUCAACAGAAGCUACAGAUAAACCACUACCUGGAGAAAUGAAACAAGAUAAGGUAAAAGAUGAAAAGGUAGAAACGAAAACCGAAAAAUCAGAAUCAGUUGAAAUUCCAAAGAAGACAAUUACAGAAGUAAAAGAUAAAUCACAAACUAAAAUUGAUAAAGUAGCAUCAAAAGUCGAAGAAAAGCCAUCCAAGUCAUUGGCUGCAGAGAAGAAACAAAAUAAACCAAAAGACGGUGAAGCUAAAAUUGAUAAAGCAGACUCAAAAGCUCUAGAGGACAAAUCAGCAAAGUCACCAACAGGAAUAAAGCCAGAAAUCAAAGACCUUAAAUCACCGACUGACAUGUCUCAGAUAGAAACAAAAGAAUCAGAGCAAAAAGUAGAAUUAGUUGUCAAAGAAUUGAAACCUAAAGAUAUCAGUCAGAAAAUUCAAGCUCAAAAAAUUGAAACUGAAUCAAAAGUUUCUGACGGAAAAAUUCAAGUCGAAUCGUCUAAAAAGUCUAAGCAGAAAAAGAAGGCAAAGGAAAUUGUUGAUACUGUCGAUAAAUCUAAAGCUUCUAUGGAAAUAAUUCAAGCAUCUAAAGAAGAGAAAGUAAAACAAAUCGAUGAAGUGAAAUCAACUAAUGAACCAAAACAAUCAGAAAAAUUGAAGGAUGUCAAACAAAAACAAACUGAGAAGAUAGAAUCAAAAGCUAUUGAUAUCGAACCUGAACCGACUAAAGAAAUUAAAGAUUGUCCUGUUAAACAAUCACCAGAAUCAAUUAAAGAUAUCAAAGAGAAGCAACCUGAUCAAAUAGAACCGAUUCCUUCUACUCCAAAACCUGAGGCAACUAAAGACAUCAAAGAAAGUACUUCUGUUCAACAAACACCCGAAUCACUUAAAGAUACCAAGCCAAAAAUAAAAGACUCUCCUGCUAAGCAAUCUCUUGAAUCUCCGAAAGUCACAGGGCCGAAAGAAACAAAACUAAAAAACAAGCCUAAAAAUCAACCACAAGAGCAAGUUAUCGUAGAAAAAAUAGCUCCGACUUAUGUAGUAGAGACUAAAGAAAUAAAAAGUGAUCGUAAAACAAAUAUUGAGCCAUUAAAAGAAUCUAGGAUACGCGUAGGCGAAACUAAACACUCUAAUGGCCACACGGAAGCUAAGAAGGAAGUGAAAUGCGACACUAGAGUUAAAUCCGAAGAACAAACUGUGUCACAGACAGCAAGUUCCAUCUCCCAGAUGGAUAAAUCGGUGAUUCAAAGUUCUGAAAAUCUAAAAGACAAGGCUUUGAUCACUGAAAAAACUGUGACAACUGUUACAACUUCUGAAGUACUUUCGUUGACAGUUGGAUCAGAAAAAUCUGUCGAGAUAUUGGAGACUGUAUUGCCAAUUAGCACAGAAAAGAAGAGAGAAGAGAUUAUCACUCUGUGUCCAGAUAGUGUUGAAGCGAAUCUCACUACUACUUACGUCGUUGCAAAAGAUCCUCUUCGAGUACCUAAAGAUGAAGUCAUCUCGACAACUGAGGUGAAUGCUAAGAGUACGGAAAAAUCAAUAGGCGAUGUCUUUUUGAGCACCAUGGGUUUCAAAGAGGAUGAUGUUUCGCUAUUUGGAAGUGUACAGGACAGAAAAACUACUCGAUCUAAGACGGAAAGUACCUCGUCUUACGAAACGGAUCAAUAUAACGCAACCAAACAUUCAAAGGAACGUGAAAUGAAAGUAGAUGAAGUACGUGAUCAAAAAAUAGAAACUAGUGAUGAUAAAUUAAAAUGCAUCGCAGAUGAUUUCAAGCAUCCUUAUUGGGCGGAUUAUGAAACUUACCGCGAGGCUGAGAAGAAUUUAUAUCAAAAUUUCAAAGUCGUCAAAGUUAUUGAACCCCAGACGCUGAGCUCAUCAAUGCCGAAAUCAAGCACUCAGGAAAAAAUUGUCCAAGAAUCUUUCCUCGCUAAGGAAAUUGAAGCUGAAAAUAAAUUACGAGAUUUUGAUUUAACAAAGAAAAAAGAAACUCAUAACGUUAAAGAAAAAGUGAUUGAGGGGAAACAGAAAUCUGAUAAGAAAGAUGAAGGAAAAAAUAAAGAUAUAAAGGAUUCUAAAAAAAAUUCAGAAACAAGUAAUGUCAUGGUUAGCGAAGUCAAAAAGGAAGUUAAAGAAGAACCGAAGAUUCGUUUGGUGGCUGAUGAUUCCUGGAUGGAUAUUUUGGAUGAACCGAUGGUCAUUGAUGAUGAUUUUGAUGAUGACAAUGUGGAGCCUGUUGAAGAAGUUUCAGAAAAAGUGAAAGAGUUGAAGGAAAUUAGCCAAAUUGUAGAAAAACCAACUGCAUCUGGUAGCAAUUUGGAAACUCAGUCAUCGACAAUGACAUCCAGAGAUUCUAGUAAGAAGUCUAAGAAGCAAAAGAAGAAAAACAAUGCCGAAAAACAGAAAGAAAGUGAAAAAGUAUCCGAUAAAAAAGAUAAUGCUUUGGAAAAAGAAAAUUUGCAAGCAUUGGGAAAAUCUUUCGCUGAAGUAUUGGGAAAAUCUGCUACACCAUCCCCGCAGACAGUUGAAGAAAUUAAAAAGCCUGAAGGUAUAAUCAAACCUGAAGCGAUAAAGCCUGAGGUCGUUAAGCCCGAAGUUCUGGAAACCAAAAAAUCGCUGGAUAAAACCGAAGAAUCUGAUGAAGCGGAGGGUUCUUGGGCUGCGAUUGCUGCAAAGAAAGUUGAAGUUCCUGAAAAUGUACUGCCAGUUGUAAAGAGUGUAGAAAAAGUAGACCAUCCGAAACCUGCGGUUCAAAUAGUUGUUGAGGAAGUGGCCAUGGAACCCAUUGAGAAUUUGGUUCAAGUGGAUGAGCAAGGGUUUAUGGAGUAUGUGAACAGAAAAGAACUACGCUCGAGGCGGUCUAGAUCACGGUCCAGAUCGAGAAGUAAUAGGCGUGAAAAUGCUCCUGAGGUAAGAUCCGCUGAUGUGGAUCAAAAAGCUACUGAGGGAACUCAGGAAGAAUCUUUGGUUGAUAAUGUAAAGGUUGAGAAAUUAAGUGAAACUAAAGAAGAAAUUAAAGUUGUUGAAAGUCAACAAGUUUCGAAAGGUAAAUCGAAACAGAAGAAAAAACAGAAAGAUAAAGAAGUGAAAGCUGAGGGUGGAAAGGUUCAAAGUGAGAAGGUUGAAAAGGUUGAUGAGAAACCUGAAGUACAGCCUGCUAAAGUUGAAACUAAAAAAGCUGAUGAGAAACCUGAUGUCCUAACUGCGAAAGUAGAAAGUACAAAAUCUGAGACACAGCCUUUGAAAGUUGAGGACAAAAAAUCUGAGCCUCAAAAUAAAAAAGGUGACAAGUCGAAGAAAUCUAAAGAACAAGCAAAAAAAAUGACUGAAGUUAAAAAGCCAGAAGUUAAAAAACCGGAAGUAAAAACUGAAGUUGCAGGAGCUCAAAAAUCUGAAGAAUCUGCGAUGCCAGUUGUUACACCUGAGGAAAAAGUAGAGCCUAAAGAACAAUCUGAAAAACAUGAAGAGAAAGCAACUAAAGAAGUUCAGAAACCUGAAGAGAAAAAACCGGCAGUACAAGCGAAAAAAUCUGGAAAGAAAGAACCUAAAAAACCUGCUGUACAACCUGAAAAAUCUACGGGUAAGCCUGAACAGCAAAAACAACCAGAAAAACAGGUUCAAAAGUCUGCAGAAAAACCCGAACAACCUAAAAAAGUAGAAGAACAUGUUGAAAAAUUGAAAGAUAAACCAGAACAACCGAAAAAAGCAGACGAAGAGGUUAAAAAAUCUUUCGACAAACCCGAACAAUCUAAAAAAGUAGAAGAACAGGUUGAAAAAUUGAAAGAUAAAUCAGAACCAUCGAAAAAGUCAGGUGAACCGGUUCAAAAAUCUGAAAACAAAAAACCAGAAUCACCUAAAAAACCUGCCGAACAAAAACCUAAAGAAACUGUGACUAUUGGUACAAAGGUUGAUAACAAGAAGAAAGAACCUGAAGAAACAGUCUGUCCAAUACCUAAAAAAGAAUCCAACGUACAGGUCCAAAAAUCUGAAGACAAAAAACCAGAGUCACCUAAAAAACCCAUCGAACAAAAACCUAAAGAAACUAUGACUACUAAUGCAAAGGAUGAUGACAAGAAGAAAGAACCUGAAGUAACAUUGUGUCCAAUGCCUAAAGAAAAAUCUAAGGAUAAAAAAAAGAACAAAAAAGCUGAAAAGACUCCUGUAGAAGUUUCAAAGAACUCUAACGAGUCUGAAAUUCCUAAAAAAUCAGAAAUUCCACCUGAAUUACCUUCUGAACCAGCUAUUAAAGAAUCUGAUCUAUCAGCACAAGACCAAUCUUUAACUUCAGAAGACAGCAAAGACUCUGGCUUCUGCGUAAUCACUAGCGAAUCUGAAACAGCCGAGUUUGCUCAUGAAAGUUCCUUGCCUCGCGACAUGGUUGUAGUUCCACCAAUGGAUUCACCAUCAGCGCCACCAACAGAGCCUCCUCCACAAUCUCGUUCUCCACUGCCUAAAAGCAAAGGUACUUCAAACCUCAUGUCCCGUAACUCUGCAUCCAGUGCCUCUUUGGAACAUUGUUCCAUAGAAAUUUGCGAAACACCAUCCUCGAAAGUGCAGUUUUACAUCGACGAGGACGACGAUAUUGUAGUGAUUAGCCACGCAACAGAAGAGGAAGCUUCUUCGCCAGAAAUUUCUCCCAAACAAGAUCGUCCAUCUCCAUCAGAGGCCUUGAAGUUCAUCAGCUGCGACAGAUUCUGGCUCGACAAACGAGCUUACCACGACGCAGAGCGCGAUUUCUUCGCAGAGAAGUCUUCUAAGCUCAAACAAAAGGUCUCAACUAUUAAACAUUCUUACGAUCCCCGCGAUGACGAUGAUAAAAAUAAUGACAAAGGUCAUAAAGGGCCUAAAGACCCGUCGUUUGAUGCACACAGCGGUUCAUCGACUCCUAAAACGGAGCGUCUUGUCGCGGAUUUGCCCGGCGGAAUUGGUAGUUGGAAUGAUUACAGUACAUACUUAUCUCUCGGGCAAGGCCCAUCGCGAGUGGACCCACGGGACCAUGAUCCUCACUCUCAAAAACUUUCGGUUGUUCCUAAUUUAUCUUCCUCUCUCUAUCAAACCAUUUCUCGACCUCUUUCUUCUUCUUCUUUUUCAACUUCAACUUGUUCAAACUAUCACUUAUCAUCCUCGCAAGCCCAUCCAUCCAUACAGCAUUUAGGUACAGAAAUAAGCGGUUCAACUAAACAGCUAAGCAGUACUAAUGAUCAGGAAUUACCUGUCACAACUAUUGUCGUCGAUAAUGAUCCAGUUCACGGGUACAAGGAGAGCUUAGAAAGUUCCGUGGAGAACUUGGAAGUUAUUGUCAGCCGGCUUGAAGAGUCACUCAGCAGUUUACCACGUGAUAGUUUGGAGAACAUGCUAUCAGCACUAGCAGUGAUUCUUGGUGAGUUGCGCAAGCACGACCAAAGAAGCAAUGAAAUCCAAAAAGAGUUGGACAAAAUUGAAGCAGUUGAAGGCGAAAAACUGAUUGCACCUGUAACAAGACUUCGCGAGCGGAUAGCUGGGCUUAUUGAUCAAGUGGAGCAAGGGAUCGCUGCUUUGGGCAAAGCUAGAGAGAUUAAGCAUCAACGGGAACAACAAGUCGCGCUUUAUAAAACUUUCUUGGAAGAAACUGACUCCUGGUUGAGGAACUUGGUCUUGAUGAUCAGCCAACAGCAGUCUGUUCUUUCCUACCAGACGCUUCUGAGCGAAUUGGAGGCCCGAAACCAAAGAAUGAACGAGCUGGAAACACUGCCAGAAGUGAGCGAACUUGCUCGUUCAUUGAGAGCAGCCUUGCUGGAGACUUACACCCGUUUGAAGCAAAAGCAGCAGGAAAUCGAGGAAGACGAGUCCGCUCAAGCUUCCGAAGAAUUAGCAGAUCACGACGAUAUAACCUUAGACCAAGCGCCCUCUAUCCACUCAGGGGAUGAGGGCACAAUGUCCUGGGCAGACGUAUCCCUCCAAACUGGACAGAGCUUAAUAAUAGACCACCAAAACAAACCAAUCCAACUAACAAAGCAAACAUCGACCUCACAAAUAGCAGAGUUCGAUGUUCAAACUCAACCAAUGGAAAUGCAGUCUAUCCCCGUCCAAGUAUCAAUAGACGAAGGGGUUAAGUCGACACAAGAGUCGAUAAAAAUUUACAAAACCGCGGACGAUACCCACGAAGUAAUCGAAAUCGCUACCAAAAACAUUCCCGCGUCUUCCAGCUCCCAAUUUAUCUUAGCAGAGCGUUCUGCUGAUGACAUAGUGGUUGAUAUGAAGUACCAAGACGCAAAAGCCCAGCAGAGCGCCACCUCGGAACUGAGUAUCCAGCAUGCAGCGCCUCAGACUUUCGAAACAGUUCUCACCGAGCCGGACGACGUCACUACUGAAGUAGUCGUGGACGCUGACGGAACAAAGAGAAUAAUUGUUAGAAAAUUGCGACGAACUUUGGUGAGGAGCCAGCAGAUAACCUCCAUGGACCAGGUCAGCGUAUCUGGAGACGAGAUGCCUCAAGGAGUUCAAGCUUUCUCGGAAGCGACGAUGAGAAGUCAGCAAGUUACUGUAACUAGAACGCGACCUGACGGAAGCGUCGAAAUGGCCGCCAAGGAGACUUACGGAGGGAAAAUAACGACUGGUGGCGCUCCGGGAGAGGUUGUUAGUGUGGAACAGUUUGAAACUACGCCUCAGUACACUCACAGAGUGAUUCAUGGCCAGUUAGAAGACAUAGGACCAGAAUUGGGAGGUAAUGUUACAAUUGAAGAAGGCGCUUAUCAAACGAAAACUUCGACGGUUCACGCGAUGGUCCAGCAGGUUACUAGGAGGGUCAUCAGGAAGACCAGAAGGACUAUUCGCAAGGUUACUAUUAUUGAUGGGAAAGAAACAAUGUCUGAAGAAGUUGUUGAGGAGCCGGAUGAAGUUGAAAUUGAUGAGCAAGAUAUUCCGCAUAUAAGUAUCAAUGUUGUGAAGCAGGAGGAGCAGAAGACCUUUGUUAAGGAUGAUUCUGUCAGACAGGUUUCGAAGGCUACUGAAGUUGAUAGCAGUCUCCAAGGACCGUUCUUUGGGCCUACUGCUCGAGAAUUAACACCGGAUAGCAUUGAAGUUGAAGAUAAGCCGGUUAUUGAAGAAAUUGUUGAUAAAGAUGAUGAUCAAUUGAAAGAAAUUGAAGAGAAGUCUGAAGAAAUCGAGGAGGAGGUGAAGAAAGAUGUAGAGACUCCUGAAAAAUUGGAAAAAAUUAAGGUAAAUGACACGACGUCGAUAAACAUAAGUCAAAAAUUCAUAGACGUUGAAAAAUCUGAACUUUUACAGUCAGCUUUAGGAAUUCCUGAUGCUGGAGUUGAUUCCAGUGAGGCUAGAGAAAAGGAAGCUGAGUUACCGAUAAUAGAUGCGAAAGCUGGUGAAGAAGUUGCGGAGAAUACCUGUAAGUCUAUGCCUGUUGAGGUACCAGCAGUAAUGACUGAAAGCUUUGAUAUGAAAUUAGAUACAGGCACGGUAGAAGUAGUACAGCACGCAGACGAUAGCAGCACUGUAGUUGGUUACAAAGAAUCACUUGGUAAACAGAAUAUUGUUGUGUUAGAGUCGCAAGAAUCAUCGCUACCAUCUGUCGAUCAUGCGUCGCCGGCACAAUCACCAUCCCAACCAUCUGAUUCCCACACACAUUUGGGUAACGUUGAUGGAGCUUCCAGAGAUUCUAAGGCUGUUAUUGACAAGGUGGAAAUUUCUCUGAUGAUCAACAAGAGUCUAGAAGGAACUGAUGAGGCUGGAGCUUUUGUUGCUGUGAAAACAACCGCCGAACGACCAGAUGAUGUUUGUAGAAUUACGGAAGAGAAUGUAGACAUCAGAUUGCCGACUCAGGUGGAAAUCGUUGAAGUAGUUCCGGAUAAAAUUGUUCAAACCAGCGCUUUAGAAUCUUUUGAACCCGAUCAAGUGCCGGCGUACAAGGAACCAGAAAAAAGUGACGCUGAGACGAGUUCCAGUCGCAAGAGUAGGAAGAAAAAGAGACGCAAAGAUGAAGAUACUGGUGGAAAAUCUAGUGAAGAGUCUGGAAGUUCUGUUGCUACGACUAUCGCGGAAUCAGUGGAUCUUAAUCUCCCGAUUUCUGAGUCUCCGAAGCAGGUGAGCGAGCAACCGCAGCCAGAUGUUCUGGAGAUUACUGAGACUUCUUUGACGCUUUCGAGCCCGAGGGAAACUUCGAUGGGAUAUGAACCUGAAGAUGUGACUACUGUCGAUGAGGCUUCUUUGAUUCAGGAGAAGGAUUUGAGCAAGAAGAAAAAGAAAAAAAAGAGGAAGCAAAGAUUCAAUGGUGAUGAGAAUGAUGAAGAUGAUGAAGGUAAAGCGAAAGAGAAAGAUGUUAGAGGAAUUGAAACUAGUGAACCAGUUAAAGAGCUUGGGGAGAAAAAGUUCACGGAAAUCGAUACUCAAACGGUUUAUGAAACACGCGAUGUAUCCGCUAGCCCCGCAGAGUUUCAGUCGCUCAGAGAUACCUCGCUGCAAACUUCUCCCGAGGCAAAACAACAACAACCCCCGAUGGGUGAUAGUGUGGGUGUAGUUGAACGAGUGCAAACAAUUACAACAGAAAUUCAGACGUCGCCAACAGAAGUUUUGGAUACGGAGAUCCAGACUGAAAUUGGUUUACUGGAGAAAGAACUAUUGGAUGUGCAAACUGAGACUAAGGAAGUGGUCAAAGAAGAAGAAGCUGUUCAGACGAGUCCUGUUGAACAGGAAGAACCUGCAGGACUGGUAGUUCAAGAUGUGGGUGAAAAGGCAGAAACGGUUAAAACUGAAGAAAUUGAUGUGCAGACGGUUCAAACGGAGACUACAGAGGCUCAGACGUCGCCUAUUGAAGCCGUAGCGAUGACGGAAAUUGACACACAGACUGAAGUUCAAGAACCGGUGGAUGAAGCGGAGAAAGAAACUCCAAGAAUAAAAGAGACUCAAGAUAAUGAACAGCAAACUUCGCCGGUUCAAUUCCAAGAUUCUGUUUUGGAAGAAACGGGAGUUCAAACUUCGCCGGAGUUAGAAGACUUGAAAGUUAAAGCUGUUAAAACUGUAGAGAUUGAUGUCCAGACUAGCAGUCCAGAUUUAGGAAAUGUGAAUGUGACAAAAGGUGACUUUGAAGUUCAGACGAACUUGAUCGAAGAAGUAACAGUUGUUGCUAUGGAAACGCAAACUACCCCGCGAGAAAGUCCAAAGGUUGAAGAAAUCGAAGUUCAAACUACUGUCGCGCCUACUGUUGAUUCAGUUGUACAAACAAGCCCGGAGCCGGAGCAUGCUAGUGAAAAAUGUGAGGUGGUAAAUGAAGAAGAAUUAGUAGAGAAAGCUGUUUUGGAGAAAAGAGUUACUGUGGAAGAAGAAUCUCAGACAAUUCCGGAGAAAAUUGAAACUCAGGAUUCGUUUGUGCAGAUUCAGAGCCAGGAAUUGAUUCCAACUGUCGAAGAAGGGGUGCAGAGUAUCCCCGAUGCUGCGGAGGUAAGUCUUCAGACUUUGGAGUCUUUUGAAGAAACUGAAGAUAAGAAAGCUGGAUUAGAAACUGCUACUAUGCCUGAAACUCGGGUUUUCACUAAAGAAACAGCGUCUUCGCCGAUCAAGGAACUUAGAGAAGUAGAGAAAACGGCUGAGGUUGUCCAGGAAAAAAUCGUUCAGAAAGUUCCUGAGGUAGAUUCGUUAGUGAUGAAAAAAGUUGAAGAAAUACCAGUGAGAAAAGUUGAAACUCCAGAGAAAGAAUUGACAGAUACCUCAUCGUUUGAAAUUCACGUGCAGGCGACUAUCGAUUUGUCAGACAAUACUAUUACCAAAUCAGCUCAAGAAAGCGAAUCAACUGAUGUUACUCACGAUACCAUUUCAGAAGACUUGAAUGAGGUCGCCGACCUGGCGAUCGAUAAAGCUCGUAAACGCUCUAAGAAAAAGAGUAAAAAGAAAGCCGUUAAGCCGAUUGAUGAAAUUACUCGCAUCGAAAAAGACAAUCACCGAUUCGAAUCAGUCGUUAGCCAAUCAGGCUCCAAAGAAACGGUAAUGAAACUAACCUACUCUGAUGUUACGCGAAAGGGUUCCAAGGAACGGGAGAUUGUUGACGAGCAAAAUAAUGUUAGUGUGGGCAGAAUUACCACGGAUUUGGAUCUCAGAAAAGUGGAACAUCAGCAAAAAAGAGAUUCUGAUAGCCAAGAAGUUAAAUUGAAGACUACUUUUGAAUCUGAACCACGGGAGUCUUUCAAAGUUAAAGAGACAAUUGUGGGUACUAGUCCUAAAGGAAAUGAAUUUGCAGUUUCUAUGCAGGUCCAAAAGAAUAUUGCACGACGUAGAGAUCGUCCGAGUAUGAAGAUUGAAGUUCCAGAGCCGAUGGAUACUGAUGAAGAAGUACUUUCUCCAAUGGAAUCAGUUUUGGCGAAGAAAGAAGUCAAAACUUACGCUGAAGUCGCUGAAUCUGGGUACGGAUCGAGCCCUUUGACGAAUAAAUCAACAACCGAGCAAUUUAUCGCAGCUGAAAAACAAGAUCAGCGACCGCAAGUUCUACAACAAACACAGACAGCGAAAGUCGUGGUCGAUCGGUUGAAAAAUCUGCAAAAUGUCAACGAGACUUCUUACCUGACAAAUAUCUUGCACAUUGUGAAUCUUGAAAACUUUUCUCGACCGGUAAAUGCCGAAGAACGUGUUCUUGGUAUUCAGAAGAAUUUGUCGCAAUUAAAACACGCGAUUGAAGAACACAAUGUGAUAAUUGUCGAGGAAACUUUGGUGACGAUUGUAGAAACUAUUUCCACCUGGCUCGAGACUAUUGAGUACCGAGUUUUCGAGAGCAGAGAAGCGACCAGUGGGCCAUCCCAUGAAGACACCAGGAUGUAUGUUGAACUGAAGGACGAGAUUAAUCAUGUUGAAGAUAGUAUUGAAGAGUUGAGGAGGACUUGGAAGCUCAUGGAGAAUGCUUAUCCCGCUGAUGAACGUGAUAAGGUCAAUGAGUGCAUGGAUUCGUUGGUCAAUCAAGUCAAGGCUAUUGAAAACGCUACUAGGGAUGAGGAGAGAUACGUCACUGCUGAGCUUUCAAAGUGGGAUGAAUUUUUGAAUGGCGUGGAUAAUAUUUACAGAUUGGUCCUAGAACAAUUCAGUGAACUGAACACAAUAAUCGAACGCACGGAAUCAACAACUAAAAAAUUGGAAGAACUGGACAAAUUGGAGAACACAAACCGUUCUCACAUGUGCAAUACAAACAAACUGAUUGCUUCUGUAAGAGAUUUGCUGAAGAGUUAUCCCGGAAGGUCGGUACCAGAUGAAACCUACCAAGCUCACGAAUUAACUAUGACAAUUGAGCACAAUAUAAACGUGGAACGGGAACGCUUGCUCCAGUUGAUGUCUGUAGCAGAAGAAUAUGAGCAGACAUUGCAGGACUUUGCACAAAUAACAGAUGUCGCUGAAGAUUUGCUCGCUAGUCCAAUAUUCGUGAUGAGUCUCGAGCAUCUGCAAGAAGAAAUGCAGAAGCACAGAAAGUUCUUCGUUAAUUUGAACCACUGUCGAGCGAUUCUAGAGUCGUUGGAAGACAAUUUGGAUAUUGAAACGCGGACCAAACACGCGGAGUUCCAUGAGAAUCUGCACAGCCGGGCUGGUUCUUUGCUGGACCGAGCAGCUUCUAGGGCGCAGCAGAUGUCUCUGGCCGCUUCCAAGUGGAUAGUCCUGGAGCAAGGGUUCAAGGAAGAGCGAGGGUGGCUCCAAAUCGCGCAUCAGCGAGUUCCUGAUUUGCAGACAGUUACUUCUUCUGAUUACGACCAGUACAUUUCUUUGUACCAAUCGCUGUCUUCAGACAUCGCAAUGCACCAGGCAAGGCUGCACCAGCUGUUCGACUCUGUAAAUAUUCUGCAGGAACUCCUGGAGGUGGAGGACCUUGAUGAAAGGUACAGAGAGUCUCUGGAUGUGAUUGCCAAGCUCCAAGAAGAAGUAGACUCUUCGUUGAGGAGCUUGCUGAUCUUCCGCGACAGCUGGAGUACCCAUGAAGUGCUGACUAAUCGGCUGGAAAACUGGAUGGCGACCACGGAGCGAGAACUAGAUACUCUGAAGGAUAAUUGGGACGGCCAUAUGCGUCAAUUCUGGGAAAUAAAAGCGCAGUACGAAAUCCACAACAAUUUACGAAACGAAGCGGCAAAAUGUUUCGAACAAGGUUUGCACGUGAUUCCCUUAUCAGACGAGAUGAUACAGCGCCAAUUCCACGGAGAGUUCCAAGACCGCUGGCACAGAGUGUCCGGCAAGAUAAAAACCAUCCAGAAAGCAGUUGCGGACACAAUAUCCUCUGAAGACACACCAAUAAACGAAAAACUGCGGCUGCUUGAACGCGAAUUGAGCGAACUUCGCACCACAAUAGAGGGUUUCCACGGAGUUCUAAAAACAGAAGACGAACUCGAGCUGUACGUGGGACGUCUCUCAGUUCUUUUCGAGCGAGUUUGCAUCAUCCAGGACGAACUAGUAAAACUGGGAAUGCUUCCUGCGGCUGAAAGCGAGCAGGUCAGCGUUCUUUUAUCCUUCGCAGGCCGCAUGGAGAGCCAAGUUCGCGAGGAACUCGAUGCCGCGCAAUUGGUCCAAGACCGACUGCAAGCUCUCCAACGAGGUCUAGCGCGAGUUAGGAAAGCUCAUACUAGACAGUCGAUGGUCUUGGAUCAAUGUGAAGCCUGUGAAAGACACGGAAGCGACGUCGUCGAGGGAGGAGUCAAAAGAUGCUCUCAGGUCGCUGACGAACUCGCGGUCUUAUGGAAAGAUCUGAUGGGUCUCAGGCAGUUGUUACACACAGUACCCGGAGGAAUGCGCGUCUCUGUGUCGCCUGUCAGCAUCGAGAGAGACAUCUCCACCCUCCAGGAUGUCAACACUGAUCUCGAGUCGCGAUGCGCGAAACUCUUGGCUCUUUUGAAGAGCAGGUUGAGCCUCUGGAGACGGUUCGAACGGCAACUAGAAAUGGUUCAGCAGUCUGUUCAAGAAGCUGAUCAUAUGAUGAAGGUUCUGGCUAUUCAGGGCUCCGUCGACUAUGAUAGACUUCUUAAGGCUACUGAACACCUUGAAGGUCUGAAUGGCGACUUAGGAGCUCGCGAAUCCUGGGUAGAAGAAUUGCGCGCCGCAGCGGAGCCUCUACUGGAAGUUUGCACUGCAGAAGUAAGCGAGCGCGUUAAUGCCGCAGUAAAUGAAGCUGUCCAAGCUUGGGAAGACACCAGAUCCGAGCUGGGUGAGCUUUGUACAAAGUACCAGCACGCUGUGAGAUUGUGGGAGCAGUACAGGGACUCAAGUGCUGCUGUUAAAGCUUGGGUUGACACUCAAAUGGGAAGCAUCACUAAUCUGCCUCCCGAAGAAGCUUUGAAACAAGUCAAGGUCUGCGAAGAAACUUUAGCGGAACACAAAGAACGGCUGGCGGAAUUACGCGGGCUGGUCGCGCAAAUUGCAUCAGACGUAGGCCUAGACAGCAAUGGACCUCUGCACUGUGAAGUUGAGGCACUGGGACGCCGGCUUGAGGAUGUACGCGAGACACUGUCAACCCUCGCGGAUACCGCGGAUGCUCGCGCGCUUAAUCAGGAGCUGACACGUGGAGAUUUAUGUCAAACUAAAAAUUUCUUGGAUUCUGUUCAGCAGAGCCUGAUCACAGUGGGUCAAGGUGAAUCCAAAGAACAGCUGAACCUUCUCCGGAACCACUUGCUAGCAUUAACUCGCACGGAGCCGCAAUUACAGUCAAUAAAAGACCGAGCUUUAGACGUAGCCACCACAGAAACUUCCGUGGUCGACGUCCUCCAGCUCUGGCAGCGAGUGUUCCGCGAGACCUUCCAACAAUACCACAGAUUAUCCGCGAGACUAGUCAGAUCCGAGGAUGUCGCAGCAGCACUCCGUCUCUGGCAAGAGUACUUAUCGCACGUGCAAGAAUUCCUAUCCAACGACAUGCCAGGCGACUACAACGGACUAUCAGAGCACAGGAACCUCUGCGAAGUCCACAAGAACCUGCUCACCGACCAACAGCACCUGAUUCUAUCAAUCCGGGCGGAAAAAGGCCGCGACUUAUCAGUCGCCGAGCAGUUCAACAUCCUAACAAACCUCCACAAUGAAACUUUGUCUAAAAUCAUGGACAGACAUGCGUCUGUUCGCGACCGACUCACCGCCUGGGACAAAUAUAAACUAGACCAGAGUAAAUUACUGUCCUGGUUGAAAGAAAUCGAGCGAGAAAAGAGCCGGCUGCAAUUGAGAUUCAUUCACGUUAGAAGACUGGAUAAAAUAAUCAGUAAAAUAGAAUCUUUAUUAGAAAAAGUACCUACCGGAGAAGCCCAAAUAAAUUCUUUAUCAGUUCAGCAGGACUCCUUGUUAAACGACUGUGAAGAAGCGCUCGCAGUUUCAAUUCGCAUGGAGCACGCAGCUAAUACACAAAGAAUAACUAAUUUACGUGCUAGCUUAGAAACUUGGCGCGAUUUCGUCCUCAGGAUACGAAAGUUAAACGAGCAACAUGUCGAGCAGACUGCUAUCAUCACCAAAAGGUUCCAAGAUAUAAGCCAGACCAUAAGCUCCGCGUUUCACAACUCCUCGAGUAACUUACAGCACGUGAAGCAGCAAUUAGAUUCGCUGCAGCAGUUAAGAGCUAAACUGAACGACGCCCCAAGUCAUUUAGAAGUCUUAGGAGUCACAACAGAGCAGCUUCGUGAGUGUCUUUCUCCCUCGGAUAUGAAGAGCCUCAACCAACAUAAUUCUCUUCUCUGGCAGCAGCACGGUGAUUUGGAGCACCAGCUCGCCUUGCUGGUCUACAAACUCGGGGAGCGGCUUAGUUUGAGAGGAAAAUGGGACAAGAGAUUAACGAGGUUCUUUGUCUGGGUCACUGAUGCAGAAACGAGGAUCAAUAGUUGCGAUUCGUCGCUAGAAGAGCCUGAAGAAGCUUUAAAGCGGCUGGAAGGCGAGCUCCACGCAGAAAUGGCCUUAAAGCAGCGUGAGCUCGACUGGCUGCAAACUACCGGCCUGGAGCUGGUUGAUAUUGCUGAUAAAGAAGACGGAGAGCUUAUUCAGAGGUCACUGGAUGACAUUAACGAGCGCUGGGCGAGGUUACUCAAUGCUGGAAAGGCCAGGACUACCAAGCUGCUGGAUUUGAUGCAGACUAUGAACUUAUUGGAGAAGAGCAUCGCAGAAAUUCGCGGGUGGCUUGGAAAGGUUGAAUUGCAGCUGACGGAGGCGUUUGUCAUUGAAAGUAAGACCCAGAAGACGAUUGAUAAGAAGCUGGAAGACCAUGAGAUGCUUCAGAAGACUAUUGAAGAUGAAAGUGGGAAGAUUGGUGAAGUACUUAAUCUUUGUGAAAUUUUGCUGAAUGAUUGUGAUGCUUGGAAGGCUUCAUUUAACACCGAGCCGAUAAAGUCGGGGAUGAAGGGGCUGGAGAAAAGAUGGAAGUCUACUUGUGUCAGAUCUGCGGAGCGCAAGAGAAAGAUUAUUAUUGCCUGGAAACUGGUACAAGAGCUGGAUAAGGUUAAGCGGGAGCAAGAGCAAUGGAUUGCGGAUGUUGAGAAAGAAUUACUGGGGCUAGAAGAGGGGUUGGACAAAACGAGCAAAGAAGGCGAGCAGAUACUAACCAAGACUCGUCGGGUUUUAAAAGACAUUGACGCGCAUAAACCCGCGCUGGUUAUUAUCGAGCAGAGUUACAGCAGGCUUGCUAAAAGUGGACUGGAACCUGAGAACUUCAAGGCGCUUACGGUGGAUGUCAGGUUACUUUUAGAUCGAUGGCAAGCGCUCAAACCGCGAGCCAAUUCAAUCAUUUCGGCUCUCAGACGCGAACAGAAAGCCUAUCGCGAGUUUAUAACUGCUCAUGGUUCUGCGGUUGUAGGGUUGACUCAGGUUGACGUUAAGCUGACCCAAGUUCAACACUUGGAGCAGAAGGUUUCGGUGAGGCGCAGGCUACAGCAGAUUAUGGAAAUUGAGAAGGAACUGGCUGUCCAGAGCAGGACUUUGCAAAGGGCUGAUGAACUUGCGCUGAUUGUAAUGCAAGAUUGCGCGCCUAAUGAUGUGCCGGCUAUUCAAGAGCUUGUUGAUGAAUACCAACUGCUAUGGCAAGAUAUUAAGAGUCGAGUGGCUACUUUGAAGACACAGUUUGAGGAGAGCAGUGAUAAAAUGGAGGUCGAUGAGGCCGUUCAAGUUGAGACUUUGAAGUUUGAACAGGAUAGUGCCGUUCAAGUAGAUACUCUACCCAGGCUCACGAAGAUGACUUCGUGUGAUGCUUAUUUGAUUGAGCUUCAAUCGGCUUUGAGCGAGUGUCGCAAUGCGCUUGAAGAGCUAGAGGAUGCGAUAUCUCCUGAACCGACUCCUGGACCGGGACUUGCUUCCACGGCUAAGAAUAUUGCAAAAUUAAUGGGAAGUUGUCAGUCAGCAAUUGAACUGGCGAAACAUCUUCACGGACUAUUGACAGCAGAUGGAAAAUUGAACGACGAAGUAGCCAAAACCGUCGAGGUUAACGAUCUUAGUAUGCGCUACGAAAGUACAGUAGUGCGAGCACGAGCUCGUGAGCAACAAAUUCGCGAAAUAAGGUCACCUCUAGUCAACGCUUACUCUCUUCCAUGUGAACACGAUCAGGGUAGACUUACAUGUCCACUGUGUUCGCGACGAAACUGGGCGCAGCUGGACAUAGACCUCUGGCGACUCGAGAAGUGGUUAGAAUACGCGGAAGGGAUUCAAAGCGAGCAAAGUUCCCCGCCGAGCAACAUCGAAGACCUAGAGGACAUUAUUCAAGACCACCGUGAGUUCCUCUUGGACCUGGACAGUCAUAAAAGCAUCGUGAUUAGUCUGAACAUAGUCGGCUCGCAUCUCGCAGACCACACGGAAGAUGUCGAACGGGCUCAAGAACUUCGCGAUCGUCUUGCGACCGCUAACUCAAGGUGGGAACGCGUCUGUUCUACCGCGCGAACUUGGCAAUCUGCGUUGCAGUCUGCUCUGAUGGGCAACCAACAGUUUCACCGGAUUGUCGAAGAACUGCUCAGCUGGCUAGAGAGAACGGAAAAUUCCAUCCAAGCUAACGAGCCCAUCGAUUUGGCUGAUAAUGUUGAUGUUAUUAAAUCCAAGUACAAUAAAUUCAGGGAAUUAAGAAGUGAUUUAGAACGUUGUGAACCACGAGUGGUAUCACUUGAAGAGUCAGCGCACCAUUUAUUGGACGAAAGUAUGGAAAUCCGCGGUCGUUUGCACGAACUAAAGCUUCGGUUGCAAUCAUUACGACGAUUAACCGGCAUAUAUGCACUGAAACUCGGUGCAGCUCUUGGAUUAGACCCCAAAGAAGUCGGACUUGCUGCCACUUCAUCGUCGCUAGCCUCACUCUCUAACGAUCUGCUCGACGGAGCUUCCUCGACAACCAGUCUACACGGCCAAUCAUCCAGUAAUGAUGGUGACGAAAGAGAUCGAACGGUAUUAGUACGUGGAUACCGUUUCUUAGGUCGUGUAUUAAGAGCUUCCUUACCAAUUCAAGCAUUGAUGUUAUUAUUACUCGGUGUUGCUUCUCUGGUGCCUACAGCUGAGGACGACUACAGCUGUAUGCUCUCAAACAACAUUGCCAGGACAUUUACUCCAGUUGUCGAAUAUCCCAAUGGUCCUCCACCUUUGUAAUUAAUUAAUUAACUAAAAAUUAUAAUUACUUGAAACUGUAACAGACUCAUCAACGCCUUAAACAAUUCCUAUAAAUCUAUAAAGAUAAUCAAGAUUUAAUCAAAGUGCCGGAUCAAUAUUUUGUACAUACAUAGAUUUAAUUAUCUACAUUAUUAUUAUUAAAUUUAAUUAUAAAACUCCUUAUUAUUAAGGAGACCCGACUCAAAAAUAUGUAUUUAAUUUAUGGUUUAAAUGUAUAUUUGUCGUUGUCAAUAUUUCAUUUCAAUUAUCAAUGAUUUAUUAAAAGUAAACAAUCAAAA